GCGGGUGGGGAACGGGAGACGCUUUGCUGGACUAGACGGCUCUGACUCUUAGGGCUCUCUCGUCGCCACGUCUCUCCCGCCCACAUGCCCCUUCCGAAAGAUCAGCUACCGGACGCUCAGGACCAGCUCUCCGCAACACCAAAAUGCUCCACCCCUAAGCGCUUCUGAGUGGCCUGUGGGUCUUCAAUGCGCUGGGCGGGGCGCACAGAGGCAGAGGAGGCGGAAGAUGCCCUGCCCCUCCCAGCCCUGCCCAGCGCUCCUUUCCUCCCUCCCUCGCUCCCUCUUUUCUUCUUCUCUUCUUCCUCUCAGCUGAGCUCAGUUCGGACCGGCCCACUCGUAUCUUACUUCGGUGGGUUGGAAUCAGCUUGAGCUCCUUUUUGCUUUUCCAUUGCAACCCCAGGUAAGACCCCUGAGCAGGCCGCUUGGAAGGGAGAAAGAGAGGGAGGGGGCGGAGACGAGCGCAACAGAUCCGGGUUUGGGGUCCCCCUCCUCCUCCUUUCCCCUCCUCCGGGCGAUCUGACGUGUCGGUCCCUCCCCUCCGGGUCUGGGAGAUGCUCUUGAUGGGGUGGGAAUUAUGUGGGUUGGGGGCGCGAUCUUGCUACUUUGGGGGGGCUUGGGUUCAGGUUCGAGCUGGAUCCGCAACUUGGAAGAAAUCAUCAAGGCUUUGACCAAAGAGCCCCUUAAAAGCGAACAGAUUUAUUGCGGUAUAGAAGUUUUCGCGGACUCCCAUGGUCCGCGAGAACCAGAAGUUUAGGGAGUCGGCGUGUACUAAGCAGGGAAAAGGCAGAGUGGAGGGCGGGGGUGUGUGCGCUAUACGCUUUGUGGGGGGGGGGGGUGAUACAUGGAUUGGGAUGGUCGUUGUUUGCAGGAUUUCCAGUUUAGCACUCUCUUGAUAUGGGUCUCUCUCUCACACACACAGCUGGGUCACCUGCUCCUUCAUCACACGCAGCUCCUUAGCUUAUCUGCAACACUUGUUGAGGCUUCUGUGAAAGAAUCUGGGACUGUCAAAAGGGUGCUGGAAGGCUAGGAGGAGCGGCCAAUCAAAUCGCUCCCUCUGAGGUUUGAGCCCGUAGGAUACAAGUUGCUCUUUGAUGUAGUGUAGAGAUUCUUGGUCUUCCGUGCUGGACUCAGAAUUGCACCAAAACAUUUUCUUUUCUUUUCUUUCUUUCUUUCUUUCUUUCUUUCUUUCUUUCUCCUCCUCCUUUCUGUUUCUUUUUAUCUCCCUCACACAAGACUUCGCCACAAGAAGGAAGGAAGUAAAGUUAUUCUUCCUUUCUCCUCAUACGAGAACCAAGGGCUGUCCAGUGAAGCACUGGGGACCUUUAAGUUUAGAGAAGAGGCGACAUGAUAGAAGUUUAUAAAAUGAUGCGUGGUGUGGAGAAUGUAGACACAGAAAAGUUUUCCUCCAGCUCUCGUAGCACUCUCAGCAAUGAAGCUGAAUUCAGGACAGAUGAAAGGAAGUCCUUCACAAAGUACAUAGUUAAACUACGGAACUCACUCCCACUGGAAAAAGUGAUGGCCACCAACAUGGGUAGCUUUAAAAUAGGAUUAGACCAGUAGUUCCCAAAUUAUUCCCUCAUCACUUAAAAAUCACGGAGGGUCUUGGUGGACCACUUAAUGAAUUUUCUGCCCAUUAUAGCAGUUGCAAUGUGUUGGGCUAGAUGCCAAAUUAUCUUCUUCUUUUAUUCCCUUCACACUGCUAUUUUGCUGCAUUUUAUGGAAUUCCAAUUGUAAUACAAUAAAAUAAAAUGCAAGAAACAGAAGAAGCAGUAAAAAUUUCAUGUAAAGUGGUACCUCGGGUUAAGUACUUAAUUCGUUCCGGAGGUCCGUUCUUAACCUGAAACUGUUCUUAACCUGAAGCACCACUUUAGCUAAUGGGGCCUCCUGCUGCUGCUGGGCCGCCGGAGCACAAUUUCUGUUCUCAUCCUGAAGCAAAGUUCUUAACCCAAGGUACUAUUUCUGGGUUAGCAGAGUCUGUAACCUGAAGCGUGUGUAACCAGAAGCGUCUGUAACCCAAGGUACCACUGUAAAAGUUGGUGUGAAUAUGUAAUGCGGUGGGUGUUCCAUCUCCUGUCUUCAACCUGCAAAACUAGAAUCACGCUGGGGAGCUCCUGAGCAAACCUUGCAGACAAGAGUUUGGGAACCCUUAGAAUAGAUAGAUGCAUGGAGGAUAAGGCUGUUGAUGGCUGCUAGCCACGAUGGCUGUGUUCAGCCUCCACUGUUGGGACGCAGUCAGCUUCUAAAUGCCAGUUGCUAGGAACUGGAAGUAGGGAGUGUGCUAUUGCGUUCAGGUCCUGCUUGCAGGCUUCCCAGAAACAUCUGUUUGGCCACUGUGAGAACAGGAUGGUGGACUACAUGGACCACUAGCCUUAUCCAGCUGGGCUCUUAUGUUCCACCUCCAAUGUUAGAGGCACUAUACUUCUGAUUACCAGUUGCAGGGAACCACAGGAGGUGAGAGCGCUGUUGCACUCCGGUUGCCACUGUGAGAACAGGGUGAUGGACUAGAUGAGCCACUGUCAUGGUGCAGCAGGUCUUUCUUGUGUUCUGUCUUGUGUCCUUUCCUACCCUUCCUACUACUAUCCUUCUUUUUAAGAAAAGAAAGAGGGAGGAGGGAGGGAGAAGAAACUGGAUGUCCAGAUUCAAAGACAGAUGUCCUCUAUCCAAGUUCCUUAAUUUUUAUUUACUCACCUUGAAAAUAAUCUGGUUGAAAGGCAGGUAACCCCCCCCCCCACACAUUCAAUAAGAAAAUAAAUACUUGUGUAGAAGAAUACAUUCUGAUACAGCUGUCACAGUUAAAGAAAGCUUAGAUGAGUCAUUUAUUAUUAUGCUCAGGACAGGUUACAACAAUUAAAGCACAAUUUUAAAAACAGUUUAAAACAACUUACAAUCACAGAAAUAAGGCAGGUGCUGAAAAUAUGCAGUCUGGGUGUCAAAAGCCAGGGUAAAGAGCUUAGUUUUAGUCAAUGAAUUGACUGUGUGAAUCUGCAUAGCCAAAAAAAGCACUCAUUCUUUUUUAAAAAGAGGAAAAACUUUUUCCCCCAAGAACUUGUUCUUUGAAAAACAAAAUCACACUUUCCUUAUUUUUAGAAGGUGUAACGCAUAAGUUUUGCUUGGGGAUGAAAAAGUGUCUUAGGUCUGAAAAGACCAGAGAACUCGAUGUAUGGGCAUUUGUGGGAUCAUCAUCUUAACAGCUUAGUUUGUACUGAAUUGUAUUAUUAUUAUUAUUAUUAUUAUUAUUAUUAUUAUUAUUAUUAAUCUUCCUAUGCUGUUGUGUUUUUGAUACUACAGGGGUUGUCAUGUUUGUUAGUGUCUUGAUGUUUUUAUUGUGAGCCACUUUGAGCUCAUCCUUGUUGUUGGAAAAGCAGGGUACAGAUAUUACAUUAAACAAAUCAUCCAAACUGGGUACAACAGCGCUGUGUUGUGCUGUGCUGACAUUACCCAUGCACUAUAGCCACAGCCUUGCCCUAUGUAAUAUAGGUAUAAUAAUGGAAAAUUCUGUCUGCAUUGACAUGCUGGCAGGGUCAUUUGAUAAAUGGGGGAGGGAUCACAUUUUUUUGUAUGAAAGAACACCUGAGUUUGAAAUAUCAUGAACUCCGGUUGUUGUUUCGCUACUCCUUUGUUUUCGAACUAUACCCCCCAAUUACAGCCGUUACCUCCCCCCCCCCAAAUCCUGGAUACUUGAACUGUUUUGUACAGGGCAGUGAUCACUUUUCCAGCACGGGAGACGAGCAUAAGAGCCUCAAAAGCAAACCAAGAAGUUCCUUCUCUAGAGUGUAGAAGACAAUGGGUGUUUCACCCUAGCUAGCCAGAUCCGCUUUCUUAAAUGUCACUCAUUGUUCCGACUUAAUUCACCAGCUGAAAACACUGUUGAGAUAGUAGCUGGAGUGGAGGUUGGCCCAUUCAGGCUAAUGGGGCAGUGCUCUACCAACCUUGGUCCGCUCUCAGCUGCCCCCUCCCCAUUCACCUGCCCUCCUUCCUGAUAAGAACCAGUCCAGGGAGUGGCAUUGGCUGUCAACUUCCUCUUCCACCACCACCACCACUUCCUCUCCAUUUGCAAAGCUCAAUGGGAAAGAGGAUGAGGACAAAGCUAAGAUGAGUUGACUUUGCCUGUCAUUGGCUUUGGCACUGGCUAAUGUUUGGGCUUCCAGCCUUCUGGCCCACCAGUCACAAUGGGCGCCAGCCAUCACUGAGUAGCUGGCUAAUUUUGUGCAAAAGAAAUAAGGAGAGUUUCACCUGUAUGUUUCGCCUCAUAUCUCAGGUUUUACUGCUGGAAAUUUACAUCAAAAAUAGAAAAGCCAGCUAGCUAGGAAUUUAGGGAUUCUGGCAUAUACAUGGGGAUUGGGGGAGCAAUUGCCCCCCUUGCCCACUCCAACAGACACCCAUGAGUAUAAUCUUCCUUGCCUCCUUCCACUCCCUUUCUCAUUCUGGGAGGGGAGUGACAUGCCAGUAAUGGGAAAGACCAGAGGAAAACGUGGACAGAGCAAUGGAUGCAAAUUUUGCCUUUUUACAGGUAUAUUAGUUUUAUGCAUGUUCAUGCACCCCUCUCUGUCUUCCAUCCAGGCAAGCAAGGGGCAUUUGCAGAGUUCCAAUGACACUUUCAAAAGCACCCAAGCAGAAUGUGAAGCAGGGCCAGUGGGGGGUGGGGGAGUGUGACUGAGGAAGGCAUGUGGUCUGGGGAGAGACCCAAGGGCUCUAGGUUCCCAGUCACUUCCCUAAAAGUGGAUCUCUGAAUCCCCAAAGAUCAACAAUAACUCUGCUAUAUUCACUAUUAGAAAGGGGGGCUUUGAAUACAAAGCAGCAAAAGUUGGGGGAACUUCUAAAUUAAGAACUCACAGAAAGCUUUUUAAAAAAUGUGAGCUGAAAGCGGAGACACAGUCUGGGGUGCCACACCUUUCUGGAAGGGAAGGUUUUGUGAAUUAAUGACUUCCCAAAGUUAAAUCAAUGCUGAUAAUUUGUGCAAAAAUGUGUGUUUUAUGGCUGCCACAAGGCUAAAUAGCAACUGGAUACCUCUCUUUUUUAAGUAAACCUGCAACGUCUUCUGCUGCUGCUGUGCAUUUAAGGACAGCAUGAAAUCCAGUGCAAGACAUUGAAAUAACCAGUCUGAUCAAGCUGGUGGCCAUACGCGCAUGGAAGUUUUCUUCUAUACAUCCGUCUCUGGAUGCCCAAACGUGUGUGAUCACUGUGGCUCCUCUUCCUGAUCCAGCUGCCAGACUGCACACAAGAAAUAACUUGGUAAAAAGCGGUCAUAGUCAGUGGAAAGUAAUGCAUUGGAGUGAAUGGGGCAGUGCCCCACCAACCUCAGUCUAUCCUCAGUAAACUCCCACCUACCUGCCUUCUUACUUACCAUAUUUUUUGCUCUAUAAGACUCACUUUUUCCCUCCUAAAAAGUAAGGGGAAAUGUGUGUGCGUCUUACGGAGCGAAUGCAGGCUGCGCAGCUAUCUCAGAAGCUAGAACAGCAAGAGGUAUUGCUGCUUUCACUGCUCAGCGAUCCCUCUUGCUGUUCUGGCUUCUGAGAUUCAGAAUAUUUUUUUUCUUGUUUUCCUCCUCCAAAAACUAGGUGCGUCUUGUGGUCUGGUGCGUCUUAUAGAGCGAAAAAUACCGUACAUCUAGUGCAGACAGUGGCCUGGCUGCCAGCUUCCUCAUCCUUAUGCUCAGUGUUGCCCCUUGUAGAACUCUUUAGGGAGGAAGAUGAAUGCUCUGCUUGCCAUUGACUCUGGCUCUGCCUACCAUUGGCCUCUUGCUGUCUGCCCAAAGGGCACCAGACACCACUGGUAAUAAGACCAGUCAGGAGUAUGGGAGCGGGCUUGAGCUAAUUCUCCCAUUCCCCACUCAGCCAAAGGCCAGCACAAUUGCUGCUUUAUCUGAAGGAGCUCCCUACAUGUAGCCCUCACUACUACAUGAACACACUGAUGGAAAUGGGCUUUAUUCAGGUUCUGAUUGGAGAAAAGCAGGGAGCCAGCAACUGGUGGCCAUGACAGCUGCAGUAUUGCCCGCCUCUUAUUCUGUGCAGUUGUCCCAACCCAAAGUGCAACAGGAGUUUUGUGUUUGAAAUCCAUUUGCAAGUCCAGUCCUGAGGUCUGUUGCACAAGUGAAUCCUGAUGGUGCCUGGAGUGGAGUGGCACUGCAUCCGCACCAACAGACUCCCCCUCUGCAUGCACACAGGCAAAAUAUGAAAAUAAACUCUUAAAAAAGAAACAAGGAACGCCAUGGUCCAUGGCUCAAAUAGAUACAGAAACCACAGAGCCUAGGACUUGCCGAUCAGAAGGUUGGCGGUUCAAAUCCCCGCGAUGGGGUGAGCUCCCAUUGCUCGGUCCCUGCUCCUGCCAACCUAGCAGUUCGAAAGCACAAAGUGCAAGUAGAUAAAUAGGUACCACUCUGGCGGGAAGGUAAAUGGCAUUUCUGUGCGCUGCUCUGCCAGAAGCGGCUUAGUCAUGCUGGCCACAUGACCCGGAAGCUGUACGCCGGCUCCCUCGGCCAAUAAAGCGAGAUGAGCGCCGCAACCCCAGAGUCGGUCACGACUGGCUCUAAUGGUCAGGGGUCUCUUUACCUUUACUAACUAUAAAUUAGAAGCUACUGUAGAAAUCACCAGUGUUCCCAUGGGCACAGUGGGAAUCCCCACUGCCUCUUUGAUGUGAAGUUCAGUACUUUCCUUUUUCUCCUUCCAAAGGUAUAUAGAGCGGCAGGAGGAAGUUGGAAGAACGACUCUUUUUCCCACUUCCUCUUUCCACUCUAUGCGGUUUUGAAGGCAUUGUUAUGUCUGCUGGAUCCAACUUUUAUGCAUGUCCCAUGCAAAAGCAACAUAGCAUGUGCACACACACGUUUUCUCUUGUCUGUCUAUCACCAGGGCUGGGGUGCAAGGCAGGAGAGAAAGAAGUGACCGGUGGAGGGGAGGGAGUGUUCACAGUAUUUGCUCAAAAAUCAAAUUGUGCCCAUAACCUAAAUAGAUUGGUGGCUCUUGAGUGACAUCUGUUGCUGCAGAUGCUCAGAAGCUUCACAUACAGGAAUGUGAUUCUAGUCCAUGGGUAGGCAAACUAAGGCCCGGAGCCCGGAUCCAGCCCAAUUGCCUUCUAAAUCCGGCCCGUGGAUGGUCUGGGAAACAGCGUGUUUUUACAUGAGUAGAAUGUGCCCUUUUAUUUAAAAUGCAUCUCUGGGUUAUUUGUGGGGCAUAGGAAUUCGUUCGUCCCCCCAAAUAUAGUCCGGCCCCCCACAAGGUCUGAGGGACAGUGGACCGGCCCCCUGCUGAAAAGGUUUGCUGACCCCUGUCUAGUCCUUGUGAUCACAUACAUUUGAGUGUUUGAGCUUAAACUGCUUUGUGAAUUUAGUGAAGAGAAACAUGUUCCAUAGGAUGUGUAGAUGUACGUGUGUGUGUGUGUGUGUGUGUGUGUGUGUGUAAUUACACCAGGUAUCCAGUUUCUCUCAUUACACCAAUGACUUUUCAUUUGGGGGAGGGGAUUGGAUUGAGACCCAAAAGAUCAUACAGUCCAACCCCCUUUUAUUCAAAUAUAUGAAAACAUCGUCAGUAGGAACCCAUUCAGUCUUCUCUUAAAUGUUUGCAGGGCUAGUUCCCCUGGCAGCCCUGCAAAAUUUCAGGAGACUUUUCUUUCUAGCUGCUACAGGAGCUAUGAGUCCUAUCCAGCCAAAUCCUCAAGAAGAGGAAGGAGAGAGAGAGAGAAUAUGAGUCACUGCUGCUUGUAAUUUGCACCCCACCCACCUCAAGGCUUAUUAUAGAAGGGGGUUCCUGAUCACUGGCAGGCUGAAAUCACCAGCCACUGUUAAUGGGAGAGACAGGAAAACACAAGCCUACAGAAAUCAAAACUUCCCUCUUAGAAAAGAACAUGAAAUUAGACAGUUGUUAAAAUCCAGUCAUUUGGGAGUGUGCUAUCAUCUCAGGCAGAGGAUUUUGCUACAUGGAACGUCAAGGUUUAGCAUAGUUGGGCAUCUGCCAAGGCUCAACUCACCAGCCUGGGAGCUCGCACACAAGAACCCCCUGGGCUUCCUACAGUGAGGAGGCAGAUUCUUCCCCAAGUUCCCUCCAAUAUCUGGAGCUGAUAUGCUAAAUCAUAGUUAAAGCUGAGAGUUCUGCCCUCCUCUGAGCCUGAAGAGAAGAUGGAAGCUGACGGCCAGUGCCACUCCCUAAACUGGUUGCAAGUAAGAAGGGCAGUGUGGGGCCAGACAGUUGGUGGGGCAGUGCCCCGUUUGCCCCAGUGGACCAAUCUCCAUUGAGUGACAGCCAGUCUCACCCCUUCUGGAUUCUGAACACAACUGCUCCAUAUCUCAAAGGCAGUGGGCACAGACAUAGGGAGGAAAUGAUGUUCUGUGGGAGGUAGGGCCCAAAAGCCCUUUGGCAGUGUUUACGCUGGAAGUAAUUGCAGUGUGCAGAUGCUAGAGUCAUCACCAUAGGGAUGGGAUGAGGUGCAAUUAUUCCAGACGGGGUGGGGGUGGGGAGAGAGAAACAGGCACACCCGAUCAAACACAGCCUGGUAGCUGUUCCAUUAUUCCAAGCUCUGAGAUGCAUCAGACUGCAUGCCUAGUUACAGGAAGGGGAUGAAAUAUUUCUUCAUAUGAGGGCAGGGGAAAAAAAUCAGAGUUACUUUGAGAAUAUUUUGUGGUUUACAAGAUUAAAGAGUGAGGUUGCUGUCAGGCUCGCUGUUCCAUUCCUCUCAUAUUUUUGGGCAGCCUAUAAUAUGACCUGCUUUCUUUGCAUCCAAAAGUGCUUAAGCUAGAGUGUUCAUCUUUGAAAACCCAGGGCUGCAGCCUCUCAUUGUGUCAGGGCACAUUUCUGGGUUGCCAAGGUAAUAGCAGUGGUUUUUUUCUAAUAAACUCAAGAAAAUCACCAUUUUAUAGUUCAAAUUGGGAAAAAUAAAUACAGUAAAUAGACAGAAGUACAAAUAUUCACAAAAUGUUUAGGAGUAUGCGUACCCCUGCGUUCCCCCAGGAAACCUGCGAGAAGUGAAGUUGCAGGGAAGCAGGCAGAGGGCCUUCUCAGUAGUGGCGCCCACCCUGUGGAACGCCCUCCCAUCAGAUGUCAAAGAAAUAAACAACUAUAUGACAUUUGGAAGACAUCUGAAGGCAGCCCUGUUUAGGGAAGUUUUUAAUGACAGAUGUUUUAAUCUAUUUUUAAUCUUUUGUUGGAAGGUCCCCAGAGUGGCUGGGGAAACCCAGCCAGAUAGGCGGGGUAGAAAUAAUAAUAAAUAAUAAUAGUAGUAGUAGUAGUAAUACUGGAGCAUUGGUGGUAUAAAUGGAUUUCAGCAGGAAGUUAUGGGACAUGCACCGAUUGGAAAAGAAGCAGUAUGUCUGCCCCAAAACAUUUGCCAAGCAGAAACAGUGGAGUGAUGUUUAACUGCCCCAAUAUGAUAAAGUACCCUUCACAUCAUGAAUGUACAAUCAAAACGAUGUCUCAAGGGACCCUUGCUCUAUUAUUCAUAUGGAUUUCAGUCAAAUUAUUAAUGAUAAUAUGCAUUCUUUGUAAGCACUUGUAUUAAAAAUAAUAAUUGGAUAACCUUUUUAGUCAAUUAAGGCUGCAGUCCUUCCUAAGCAUCAAGCAUAUUGAACUUGACAGGAUUUACUUCUUCAUAGCCAUGUGCCGGAUUAAGCUACAAGGAUGCAGUUCUGUGCACUCUUAGUUAAAUCUUAUUAAAAUCAUGCAUGUUUUUGAGUAAGCAUGCCUAGCAUCACUCUGUCAAUGUUUCUUUCUGGAAGCAAACCCCAAAGAACACAGUAGGACUUAACGUCUGAGUAAUCAUGCAUAGGAUUGCAUUGUCAAGUGAAUUUAUAAAUCUACCCAGCUGCAUUGUCAUAUACUGUAUACUCAAAAAGAUAGAUCGGGUGUCAAGCAAAGUAUGUUUCCAAUUUUAAUCUAGGACUCUCUCUCCACACACACACACACACACACACACACACACACCACUUCCCUGCAUUAUCAAAUGUUUUGGGGAAGCUGUUCUAGGGGAAUAGAAAUCUGCAGGGCUGCAGUUAAAGUUGCAUAAAGAGAAGCAUUUAUUUUUCUUUGCCGAUGGUUUUUUCCUCUCUCCUCCGUUGCCUUUGCUUUGCCUCCUCUUCUUGGUGUGCCAUCAGCUGACCAGAGGGCGGAACAGCUGAUGAUGAGAUGAAUGGCAAAUCCUUGUUUCCUACUGGUUUUAUGACCAAUUCUGGCUGUCUGCCAAAAGCUGGUAAAAAUAGCCCAGAAGCACUUGAAUGCCAGGAACACAAAGGGAGUUACUUGAAUGCACUUUUAGAUUAGGGCUAUAAGCUUGGGAUUUUUUUUUCUUUUACCUAUAAGCACGUUAAUGAAAGCUGUCUUUGGGACCCAGUCUGUACGCUCACAAAAUGAGGCUCUGUGCAUUAUAAAUCACUGGGGUUGUUUCCAUGCUAUCAUAUUCAGAGCAGACCUGCUGAAAAUAAUGGAUAUUACCGUUAGAAUUCGUUGGAAUUCCUAUUAGAUUCCUUAAUUUAAGUGAGUCUUCACUGAGUAGGACUUAAUUGGUCUUCUGCUGGUGGGAUGGAGAUGGGCAAAUUCAAAUGGGGGGGGAGUGGCCCUCCAGUCCUCUGUGCCUGGCCCUUGGAAUACUUCCCAGGCCAUGCUCUGCCCCAAGUGUUUUUGCCUAGAUGGAAUAUGUCCUUGAUCUCCAAUAAUGCUUCUUGCUUGUUUGGAUGGAGGAGAGAGAGGACGUGUGAAAGUAUGGGCAGAAACUCACCUGCUGUACAAAGUUUAAAUUUACAUUUGUUGCUUUGACCACUUUUGCCUCUGGCUCUACCCAUCACUGGCAUGUGAGCCCUGGAAGGUUGCCCAGAAGGGAGUGUGGCCCUUGGGCAAAGGAAACAAAAGGUUCUCCACUGCUACACUACCAGAAUUUGGCCUGCUCUCUGAGAGAGAGAGAGAGAGAGAGAGAGAGAGAGAGAGGGAGGGAGAGAGAGAGAGAGAGAGAGAGAGAGAGAGACUGACUAUAUAUACAUAUCAGAAAUAGAAGCCCAAAUGCAUGUUUGGUUUAGAUAUGUGUCUCAGUUCUGAAAACAUUGUAGACUACUGUUAGUAAAUAAUGUAGAAAUCUGCAAGAGAAAAUAAAUCAAAUUAAAAAUGUAGCGACUUAAACUUUAUUUAAAAUGUUUCCUAGGGAGUGUUAUUUUUUAAAAAAAAGUUAUGGGGAUGACUUGUGUCAAAGACGCCAAGGUAGGAUGCAAGACCUACUUUAAAUAAGCUGCUUGGAAUGUUAACUUGCUUUUUUAUUUUUUGGAUGUUAUGAAUCAAUCUUUUGCUAACCACAGACUCUCCAACUUCCACUCCCAACUUCGCCCCCUUUCUAUGCAGUUGUACUUUGUCUCCCUUCCCUGGUCAUCUAAAUUUCUCUCCCCCCCUCCUCCAAUAUUCAAAACCUACUUAUAUGCAUGAUUGAACACUUUGUCCUUGGGCAUGCCUGGGGAGAGGGAGGGAAUUUCUUAUUCAAAGAAACAAUGUGGUGAGGGAGGUGGGGAGAUGUAUCCUGGUACCAUUCUGGGCCCCAGGCAAGAGACCUGUGGUAGUCCCCUCUCUUCUCUGCCCCAUACAUACAGGACUGGGACAGCUGGGGCUGACCAUCUGCCCCGGCACCCUACCCCUCUGGGUUUUUGUCUUGUGCAAGGGAAUUGCAACAUUUUAAUUUUAUUUGUAAAUACAUGUAUUUGCUCCAUAUCCUCCAAUGUGUCCAGGCCCAAAACCAGGAUGCACAUCUUCCAGGCCACAUGCCCAGGUGAGUCACAUGACCUGCAUGAGAUCAAAGCCCCGGAAGAAGCACUUUUCUCAGGUCGAGAUCACCCAAAAUAGCCGCUGUGCACAAGUGAAAAAACAGGAUGCCCUGGUUUUCCCGGGACAGAUGUUUCCCGGGGGUAUGUUACUGCUGUUCAUUAAGAAUAUCGGAGCAGUUUACAACAAUCAUUAAAGCCAUAUAAUAAAAACCAUAUAAAAAAUUACAAUCCGAAACCAGAUAAUUAUUAUGGAAAUAUGUACUCUUAAUGGCCUGCACAAAUCUGACAGAAUAGAAGAGUUUUUAAUCAGGCAUUUAAAAGUUGGAACCAAAGGUGCCUGCUGAAUCUCUGUUGGCAGAAUUCUGUUCCAGUUGGCUAUUGGAGCCAACCCUGCUGAAUAAGAACAGGGAUUAUCCUACCAUUAUUAUUAUUAUUAUUGUUAUUAUUAUUAUUAUUAUUAUUAUGUUUAUAUCCUGCCCUUCAUCUGGAAGGAGCCCAGUGCAGCAAACAUGUCAGUAAUAAUAAUAAUAAUAUUAAAAAUAGUGUUAAAACAGUUAACAAUAUUCUCUCAGCCAGUGAUUUCAGGGUUGUCAGGACCAGUGUCUUUCAGCCAUCAAAUGCCUAGGUAAACAGGAGUGUUUAAAACUUUCUCCUAAAAGUCCGUAAUGAGGAGGGUAUUCCGCAAAUGGAGAGCCACCACCAAGAAGACCCUGGCACAGGUAAAUAAAUUCCCAGUAAUACUGACUAAAGGCAGGAAUGUGGUAAGGAGGGGAAAUGAGAUAAGGAAGUGAUGUCAGUCCUGCCUGAGCUUGUUUGAACGGGACUGGAAAUUUUGACUAGAGGGGAAAACGCAGGCAUGCUAAACCUGUUUGUGUGCCCCGUAAAUCAAAUUUCAGUUGAAAUGAGUUUGCCUCAGGCUUGCAACAUGGUAUGCAAAAGCACGACUGCAUUCUUCCUAAGCACAACUGCAACCUAAUUUUGAAUCAUGAUUACACAGACAUUUAGUCUUCUGAAUCGAUACCAGCUUAAUGUUUAAGUGAAUAUGCAUAGGAUUUCGGAGCCUUAAAAGGAUGCAAGCCCUAACCAGACGCUACUGUACAUCUUAUUAAAAAAUGAUUCAGCAGCGCAUAGAGAAUCUGUGCAUCAACUUGUAUCAAGAACACACCACUCGAAGAUGUGACUCAGCAAUUGCGUAGCCUCUAUUGGAGCCCUCCUCAUGGAUGAGAGAAGACAGAACCAGCUGUAAAAAUGAUCUCAACAUAAUUUAUGGAAUUCCCUUCCAACGGAGGUGCACUGAGCAUCUUCAUUGUGCAACUUCCAUUGCAUGCUAAAGAUACAUCUCUUUACCCUGGCAUUUGACAACUGAGAUACAUGUUUUAAGAACCCAUCAUGUUCUUCUAAUGGUAACUUGUUCUAACUGAUUUUGUAUUGAUGUUUUAUGUUUUGGUAAUGUGCCUUGGGACUUUAUGGUGAAGGGCAAGUGAGUAACAACAACAACAACAAUGGCUUACAACCACUGUACUGCUAGUUACCAUUUAGAGAGCAGUAUAUGGCAAAGGUAAAGGUAAAGGGACCCCUGACCAUUAGGUCCAGUCGUGAUCGACUCUGGGGUUGUGGUGCUCAUCUCGCUCUAUAGGGCGAGGGAGCCGGCGUACAGCUGCUGGGUCAUGUGGCCAGCAUGACUAAGCCGCUUCUGGUGAACCAGAGCAGCGUAUGGAAGCACCGUUUACCUUCCCACUGGAGUGGUACCUAUUUAUCUACUUGCACUUUGACAUGCUUUCGAACUGCUAGGUUGGCAGGAAGUAUAUGGCAAACAACUGUACAAUUCUUCAUGGUAUUUGAGCUCAUGAUCCCCUGUGUGAAAUUGGCAAUUCUUGUUCCCAUUUCACACAGGGAGAGCUAGAGGCUGGAUGCCAACUUGUUUCAACAGCAUACAAUGAAUCUAUAGCUAAAGCAGGGGUCGAAUGCAACACCAACACCACUACCUAGUUCUUGCCUUCCUAACUCAAUUACCCCUUAUUUUAGAUACAUUUUUAAAGCAGAGAAGGUAGCCACAGCUAAUAAAAGUAAGAUUUCAGUCUUGAUCUCACUUGCGCAGAUGGCGUGUCCUCCACACUUAAUCUCUCUCACACCCACACACCACUCAGCAGUCUCCUUUCUAGACUCCCAAGUAUGUCAUCAGCGCAAAAAGCUGCUUCACUCAAGGCAAUAGACUUGCAUGCGAGUCCCCUAUUUGGAGGUGCAAAUCCCCUGGGUUGCUUUUGUAAAUAAGCUAUGAAUUGCAGAUGUGCCCAUUUUGCUGAGUGCAUAUAAGCGCUUAGGAAGUAGGAGCACAGUUUGCUCAUUCAUUCAUAUGUGCCUUAAGGGCUAAAACCUUGGUUUCUGUCUGCUUGGCAUAGAAACAGAGGAAGCUGCCUUAUAACGAGUCUGACCAUUAGUCUUUCUAGCUCAGCACUGUCUAUAGUGUCUAGCAAAGGCUCUCCGGGGUUUCAGGCAGGGGAUAUUUCCAGUCGUACCUGAAGAUGCUGGAAAUCAAACGGGGCUCUUCAGUAAUGCCAGUAAUGGGAGACCCAUUUCCCUUGAAAGAUCACUUGUUCGCAUCCCCUGUGGCAGUGGAGGCUGUUCGAUUUAGGCAAGCAGUGCUCUGCCCACCAACCUUAGUCUGCCCCAAGCCAGACUCUGCCCUCAUACAGGAUUCAUUCACUGUUUUCCACACGGCAGUGAUUUGCUUGUAGGGAGUUUCAGCUUCUGCCAAGUGGCCCUGAUAUUAAUAGUCAAGAUCAUACAGAAGAAAGAAGGGGAGGAAUUAGAGCACUCUCUUGACCAUCUUUGGGCUUCAUCUUGUAGUUUCCCAAUUGUUGGGGAUGACCGCAGUCACUUCCCCUGAGGCUCAGCUUAACUGGAAACAGAGCUAUAAGCCAGGGAGGCGUGGCUUGGGUCAGUGUCGCAACCUCCCUUGGCCAUCCUGAGUGCAGUCAGUGGAAGUGAAACUAUUACUUCUUCUUCUUCAAAGAACCUGUGAGUUGAUACUGGAGGCAAGGAGCUUUCUUGUGGCUUAACAGUGUCCCAGUUGAAUUGGGGGGGGGGGAAAUAACCUAGUAGCAGCAGGUGGAAGAAGACAAAUCAAAGGAAAACAAAGGUUUAGCAAGUAAGGGCUAAAUAGAAAAUUUAGAAACAAGAAUUGCUUUUCUGGAUCUAUCAUCCAGUUUCCAAACUUGCUAGGUUGAUGCCUUUGGGUACAAGAUUGAUGCCCAUCCCCAGGGAUUUGUCCCCAACUUCUACUUCAUCAAGCUAUACUGUCCCUGUAUGUGGAGGUUUCACCACUUUCGCACUAAGCAUUAUUGAUAGGGUCUUAGGUCCAUGGUUUGUUUGUUUUUGUUUUUAAAGUCAUGACAUCUCAGCUCAUGUUCAUCUGGCGGAUUCCAUAAAUUAAUAGUGUUGAAAAGGGGAAAGAAUGAACCUGUCAUUUUUGGCUUCUCUCAGUUUCUCCUUUGUCCAGUCUUCAGUUUGGUUCUCCACGUUGCCACGUCAGUUGUGCAUGUUUGUUUUUAAAGUCCUCGUGAAAAUUCCCCAGUAUUUUAGUGUAAUUUUUUCCUAAUGCGUGUGUGCGCACACUCACCCACACCCCCAAGCAAUUCCCCAUAAUAUAAGGCAUUUUUGUUUGUUGCUUUCCAUAAUAUAUUCAUUUGGACACACACCUUCCUGUAAUAUUUACAUUUUCCUAAACAUUUGGCUGCAGAAUUGCAUUGCAAAAUUCAGAUAAGUGUGCAUUCUGAAGGAAAGGUGUGUUUUGGUUCUGUAGAUCAAGCUGCUGUGUUAACAGCAGGCCAGGCAGGUUUUUUCUGGUCACUGGGUACACCAAAGAUCCUAUUACUGUCAUAUAAGAACAUAAGAAAAGCCAAUUGGAUAAACAAAUGGCCCAUGUAACCCACCAUCCUGUUCUCACAGUGGCCAGCCGGAUGCCUGUGGGAAGCCUGCAAACAGAACCUGAGCACAAGAGCAGCUCUCUCCCCUCCUGUGGUUUCCAGCCACUGGUAUUCGGAAGCAUACUGGUUCCAGCCAUGGAGGCACAUCAAAUUGCAAAAUAGUUCCACCAAAAUAAAUAUGUGUCCUCUCCUUUGAAAUAAAAGAAACAUUUAGUUAAACUGUGAGCCCAUACACUUCUUAACUGUAGCUCAAAAUAAGCAGCUUCCUAGCCAGGGUGUCUGAAUAAUUGACUCACUCGCCAUAAACCAGCCAAGCAAGUGGCUAUGUUUUGUUGCAAACUGCCCUGUGUGCCAAUCUCUGCAAGAAUGGUGAGAUAUAAAAAACUCUGAAAUAAAUAUUUACAAGCUUCGAUUAAACCAGCUUGUUUCUGCCCAGGCUGAGUAUGAACUUUGACACAGCAGUGGCUGGUCUUCAGGGGAGAAGGCAAUUCAUUUGGAGGUCACCAUUGCUAGUGGGUCUUCUCCAGUGGUGCAGCCCCAAAGGGGAAGCACCGAAGUUGUUCCUUCAGAGUGUGAUGAUGAGGAUUAGGGCACUCCUGCAAGGCUGAAUGCUUCUGGAUGGGCUUGGCUCCUAGGUGAGAGACUGGAACAGUUGGGUAGAGUGAAGCAGUUCUGGAAUUCCGGGGAGCUGCAUCUGUGCCAAGAGCAUGUAUAAGAUAAACUUUUCAGCACUUCAGGCAGGGAGUCUCUCCCAUUCCUACCGGGAGAUGCCAGGGAUUGAAUUUGGGACCUUCUGCAUGCAGAGCAGUGCCCUGCCACUGAGCUUCAAGUCUUCCCAAAUUGAAAUCAAUGGGCUUGAGCAUUCCUGUUCUUGCAUUGAGUCAGGCUGACAAGGGUGCAAAGGAUGAAAAAUUAUUCAAAAUAAUCUGGUCCAGUUGUGCAGGGUCCAUGGAAAUUACAUUGAAUUGCUGUCCUCUUGCAUUGCUUUGAGGGCAAACAGACACCUUUGAAGGAUUCAGAAUCGAAUCCACAAGAGACCAAGCCUUAUCCUCACUUCUCAGAUAAAAUUAGAGCUAUGCAAGAAGGAGGGAGAGAGGAGAGACUAGAAACCCAGAGGCGUUGGUGAUUAUUAGCAAGAGGGCUGCGAAAAGUCCAUGCCAAAACUGAAAAUUCUGUGCCAAGGGAUCCCAUAUUCCACCUCAGUAAAAGUGGAAUUCUGUGACCUGCAGAAAUCAUGCAUGUCUAAUCACAGAAAGGGGGGAAUUGUUCCUUUGAGAACCAUAGCCUCGCUUUCUGCUGGAACUCCUUCUCAUAGAUUUUCUCAGACGUUUUGUUGUUGUUGUUUAGUCGUUUAGUCGUGUCCGACUCUUUGUGACCCCAUGGACCAGAGCACGCCAGGCACUCCUGUCUUCCACUGCCUCCCGCAGUUUGGUCAAACUCAUGUUUGCAGCUUCGAGAACACUGUCCAACCAUCUUGUCCUCUGUCGUCCCCUUCUCCUUGUGCCCUCCCUCUUUCCCAACAUCAGGGUCUUUUCCAGGGAGUCUUCUCUUCUCAUGAGGUGGCCAAAGUAUUGGAGUCUCAGCUUCAGGAUCUGUCCUUCCAGUGAGCACUCAGGGCUGAUUUCUUUAAUAAUGGAGAGGUUUGAUCUUCUUGCAGUCCAUGGGACUCUCAAGAGUCUCCUCCAGCACCAUCUCAGACAUUACCACAACACAUUUAUUUGCAUGUGCCUUAUGGACAGGAAACUUGAUUUCUCCCUGUGUGCAGCUGUUUGCUGCAGGAACCUUUCUCAAAUGAGAAAACAAUUGGCAAGAAUAAAAGUUUCUGUAUGUUUGAUUGCUUCUUCAUUCAUUCAUGUAUGCCUUAAGGGCUAAAAGCUUAGCUUCUGUCUGCUGUGCUUGGGAAGCUGCCUUAUACCAAGUCAGACUAUUAUUAGUCCACCUACCUCAGGACUGUCUACUACACUGACUGGCAGAGGCUCUUAGCUAUAGCCUUUCCCCAUCUGUUAAAGCUGUUAAAGGAACAGGCUUGGCAGUUCUAAAGACUUAUGCAUGUUUCCUUCUGGUUGCUCCUUUCCUGAGAAUUCUUAAUCACUGCGUGCCAACCCUGAAUAGGCUGCGUUCCCCAGUCUUGCUUGGAAAUAACAUGCUGGCCUGGAGGUGGUUGGAGAGAGUGACUGUAGUUCCUGAUCAUCUUAUACCACCAUCCUGCCAAGUCUGACACAGCUGACCAACCAAGUUUGUGAGGAAUGACCUGGCAUUACAAAUAGGCAGACAUGAUCAUCAACACCGUGCUUUGCAGACCUGCCUCAUCUCAGGACUGAGGAAACCGUUCAGAUUCCUGUCUGCCAGGGCUCAGUCAGGUUUUAAGUGCUGGCCAGUUAGAUGCUUGGGUGAUAUUUUACCAGCUCCACAUAGUCUUCCUCUGUGCAGAUCAUGCAAUAUUUUGGAGAUCAAGCUGACGGGGCAUUUUCUAAAUCACCGUUUCCCAAAUUCCUGAGAGCUGAGCUACAUUUUAAAAACACACACAAACACACAAAUUGAAUUAAAAUGGGAUAGAGGGCUCACUUGUACACCAGAUGGGGGGAGGUUUGAUUCUAGACUGCCUUUAGAGAAAAUAACCUGCCCUCAAAGGAGCCCACCCUUUGAUAUGUCUGCUUGAGUCUCUGUGAUGGACAUGCCCCUUGAAGCAUUGGUUCAUGCAGAGAUGCAACAGAGAGCUUCCUCUGCGACAGAAUAAUUCUGCUAAGUCGCUGCUUUGGAACUAGUUGAAUUAUUUAAUCAUGCCCAGAAUUAUCUGCUCUUGAGUAGAGGCUAACUGGCAGGAAGAAGGUACAGAACAGAGACUCAUAGACCCAACUGCAAAAGUCCUGAAUGAUUCUGACGCAUCUCAGCCCUGGAAACUUCAGCUGUCUUUGCAAAGCUGUCACAGAGGAGAGUUCAGUAAAACCACUUGCCCAUAUUAGGAACUUGUGAGUGAGGCUUUAGGAAACUAUCUGAGAGAGGUUGCAUUUUAAACACACAUGCUUAGUAAGUGUUUCCACCAAACUGGGAGAGGGGGGAAGGAGUAUUCCAGCUGCUGAAUUCAACUCGAAGUUCUGGAUAGACAACAUUGAGAAUGGGUUGGCAGCAUAGAUGUUAACUCUAAGGGGCCCAUGUCCCUCCCCCCCGAAAAUAUUUUGGGGUAAGUUGUGGAGGAGGCUGAGCACAGAGCUGAGAGUGGCAUGGCACAGCGUCAGUGGCUGGCAGCUCCUCCUGCCGCAGAGGGAAAGGAGCAGCCCUGGGCCAAUGGCUGUGGUAGGAUGAGGAGAUCGAGCACCAGAGAGAAGAAGGCGCCAGCCAUUGAAGCUGGCUGCUGCCCCCUGACUCCUCCCAGCACCCCUGCGUCAUAUGCAUGUCAUGUAUGCAUCAUUGCGUACGCACCCCCACCCCAUCUUCUGCUCAAGCCGGCGCCUCUGGAGGAUAGAUGUUUCUGAUUUGAAAAGGUUUCUCCUUGUUGCAGAAUGUCAUAGCUCAGAGGAAACAAGGGAUAUUUAUUAUUGGUGAACACUGUGACUCUGUGGAUUGAUUAUGGCCAAUUCCCAUCAUCUCUCUCUCUCUCUCUCUCUUGCUUUUGGAAUCUAGACCCAACAGAAUCUCCCAUUUUGUGCUUCUAAGCCUUUCCUGCAUUGUGUGCCGUCACAAUUUGCAACCAAAACCCUCAUUCUGAAACAACAUUGGACUCCCUCUUUGUAUAACAUUCCUAAAAGCUGCAGAUCUGUUUAGAUUUGCAACAGUUCAUCAGUUCUCUGUGUGCAUACUGUCUCUGUGUGGGAUUUGCCUGUCCACCCUAGCCUGUUUUUGUUUUAAUUUACCGUAUUUUUUGCACCAUAACACUCACUUUUUUCCUCCUAGAAAGUAAGGGGAAAUGUCUGUGCGUAUUAUGGAGGAAAUGCCUAAGGGUGGCAUGCCUACAGAUUUUCCUCCUCUAAAAACUAUGUGUAUGUUAUGGUCGGGUGCGUGUUAUAGAGCGAAAAAUACGGUAAGUUUCUGACUCUUGUGACUCGGGAGUAAAAUACUUAAAAACCUGAAUGGUAGGGCUGAAGCACUACAGUGGUACCUCGGGUUAAGUACUUAAUUUGUUCUGGAGGUCCAUUCUUAACCUGAAACUGUUCUUAACCUGAAGCACCACUAGCUAAUGGGGCCUCCUGCUGCCGCCAUGCUGCCGGAGCACGAUUUCUGUUCUUAUCCUGAAGCAAAGUUCUUAACCUGAAGCACUAUUUCUGGGUUAGUGGAGUCUGUAACCUGAAGCGUAUGUAACCUGAAGCGUAUGUAACCCGAGGUACCACUGUACCUCCUUCCCUACUGACACUCUCAGGUACUAAGAUAAACUGUGAGCCCCUCUUGGUAGUUCUGCUGCCCUCAGAAAAUGGCAUUCACUGUGGCAGCCCCUUAACCCUGGCACACCCUUUCCCACAGAGGUCCACCUGGAACCUUCGUUAUAAAAUUGUUGUUCAUUGGUGCACCUCUUUACCUUGACCUUGGAUACCCUGUUCUUAGGAUUGUAAAUUGUUUAAACUUGUUUCAGUGUUGUAUUUUUAAAGUGUCGUAACCCUCCCUGGGACUGCAUGGAGAAGAGUGGCUACUUUUAAUAAUAAUAAUAAUCAUCAUCCAUGUAGCAGUUAAAGGGGAAUUGGUGCUCUUUCGCAACAAACCCUUAAAAAAAUAAAUCCAGACUUUUUGCAUUAAGGAAAGUGAUGAGAAAAUGCACUGGAAUGUGUGGUGUAACAGUUGCUUGAUGUGAUGUCGUCUAUGCUCCCUGCAAGCAAAUCAGAAUGAAUGGUCAAGAAACAGCCAGAGUUAUCUAACCUUCCUGCAAAUGUUGCACAAUAAAUAAAUGAAUCAGGAUGAAUGCUCAGUAAACAGAUCAACUUUAAGUGACUCUAGGAACUGUGAUCAUACUUCCUCUCCUGCCCCUACUCAAAAAGAUAUUGAUUGUAAUUUCACCAGGUGUGUUUCCAGAUAACAUUGCAGGUGGAGGAACCAGACCAUGACUGCCAGUUCCCCAUUCCAGCCCAUAUAGCUGACUUUGAACUUUGUGCUUAAUUGUCAAGUUUGAUUCCUUUCUCAAUUUGUUCAGAGGGUGGAUCUACUCUGUGGUUGGCUGACUCAGUGAGCUCCUAACGGUGACUGUGGUUUUAGGGUGUGAGCCUCGGACAGCUUUUGCUGUUGUACUAGGAUGUUUGCUUAGGCUCUAAACCAGGGGUCAGCAAACUUUUUCAGCAGGGGGCCAUCCACUGUCCCUCAGACAUUGGGGGGUGGACAGACCAUUAGGGGGGAAUGAAUGAAUUCCUAUGCCCCACAAAUAACCCAGAGAUGCAUUUUAAAUAAAAGGACACAUUCUACUCAUGUAAAAACACGCUGAUUCCUGGACCAUCCACAGGCCGGAUUUAGUAGGCGAUUGGGCUGGAUCCAGCCCCCAGGCCUUAGUUUGCCUACCCAUGCUCUAAACCCUUUAAACCAGAGGGCACUAUGUCUGGGGCUAUUUAGUGUUUUGUUCCUGGUUUUGGGUUAUUGUAUCUUUGUUUAGUGAAGUGGGUUGGAUGAACACAAGUGUAUAAAAUUAUGCAGUGCACAGAGAAAGUGGCAAGAGAGAAAAAAUUCUCUUCCCCUCUUGUAACACUAAACUCAGGGCCCUCCAAUGUAGCUGAAUGUUGGAAGAUUCUGCAAAGAUAAAAAAGAAAGCACUUAUUUACACGGCUCAUGCUUAAAUCAUGGGACUUGCUCCGACAAGAAGUAGCCAUGGCUUUAAAAGAGGAUUGGACGGAUUCAUGGAGGAGGCUAAAGCUACUCUCCACAAUGGCUAUGCUGUGUCCCCACAGUUAGAGGCAAUGGUCCUCCCAAUAUCAGUGGGUGGAAAUCACAAGUGGGCAAAAUGCUGUUGCACUCAGGUCCUGCUUGUGGAUACUUCCCAUUUGAGCAUCUGGUUGGCCAAUGGGAGAGCCAGUUGCUGGACUAGAUGGGCCCCUGGCCUCACCUUAACAGCAGGACUCUUCUGAAGUUUUUCGUUCUGCAUUCUUAUCACGCUGCUUCUCCAGAAUUGUGCCAAAUACCUUUAAUGCUGUUCGCACACAUCCAGGUUUUCUGGGUACACAUUCUCAGAUUCACCUUUUCCUGACAAUAGGUUUUUAUUCUGAAAACUGUUUGAAACUGCAAUGAACAAAACCUCUUUUUCUUGUGUGCCUUUGAGUGCUGAAAUCCAUAAAUAGUCUUUGUGUGCCCUCUGCUGGUCUGAAGCAGAACUGAAGUAUUUGCAGCUGCAGCAGCUAAUUGGUUUUGAAAAGUUAAAAAAACUUCACAGUUCCUCAGAUGUAAAGAUUUCUGAGAAUUUCAGAAUGCCUGGAAUUAAGGCAUAAGAUAGAACCUUUUAAUUAAGCCCACUUUAUGCUAAAAAAACACAAAAAAAUAACAGCCAACAAUGUAUUCUACUCCAUUUUGGGUGGUUAGUUGGCUGCAAAUUGGUAGGAUAUUGCUUUUCAGUACAGUCCUGUGCACAUUUACUAAUAAAUAAGUUCCAUUAAACUCAAUUGGACUUACUCCCAGGUUCGUGCAUAUAGAAUUGCUGCCCAGAUUAUUGGGAGAAAAUAAUAACAAUAAAAUAAUUUUUAAAAUUUUUAUUCAACAAAAUUUGUAUACCACUUAAUUAUAAAUAAAUCCUCUAAGUGGCCUGUGAAAAAUAUAAACUAUAAAUAUACAGUAAUGUAUACAGUAAAAAAAAUAACCCCCACAAUAUUUAAAUCAAGUCAAUAAAAAACCAAUUGCAUUUUGUUGUUUUGAAAUUGUGCCCUGAAAUGCUUCUAUGUAUCUUUUGGAGUCAUUGUCUACCUUUUUGUCUUACCCUUACACAAUUCAGUAUUAUUGCCACUAAGUGCACUGUGAAUAAAUAAAAAAAGCAAGAUGAAUAAAAACAUCAGUUGAAAGUAUACAUUGCAAGUUGGAAUGACAGGUUAAAAUAUACAUUGACUUUACCUGUGUAGGUAUCCUUGCCUAAGCAGAAUUUUUUUUAGCAGGCACUGAAAAGAAUACAGCAAAGGAACCUGCUUAAUGUCAAUAAUAAUAUAACUUUAACAAAUUAUUGUUAUCAUGAUUACUUGUAUGAAUAUUAUGAAUGAUCCCAUUCUUUUGCUGACAUUCUGAGUGGCAUAACAGCACAGAUCAGAGACAAUAAUCAUAGAAACUAACAAUAUAAAGCAGAUAAUAAUGCAUUAAUAGUAAAAUCCCCAGACAAAGUACAAUAGCUGUUUAAAAAGCUAGAUGGGCAGAGAGUACUAUAGCAGACACCAGUGUAAGUUUCAAAACUCUUUUCAGAAGCCUCUGGGUGGGGUUAUAGCAAGCUAAGCAAGCCAGUGGGCAUAGGCCUAUUUUUUGAGGAUUCUUUGAGCUCAGAUGAACCAAGCUAACAAAAGUCUGGAAUAGGUGCAAGUCUCUCCUUGACCUAGCUGUCCUGAUUGAGAUCUGUCCUUGAACUGUGAUCAUACUCCCUCACUGCCUGGAUGGAAGAAAGAGAGGGACUGUGUGAAUGUAUGUAGAAACCAGAGUGCUGUAGAAAUAUUAACAUUACAUUCAUUGCUCUGCAUACUUUUGCCUCUGGCUCUUUCCACCACUGGCAUGUGGCCCCUGGAAGGUUGCCCAGGAGGAUAUAUGGCCCUCAGAAGGAAGACUCUUUAAUUUGCAGAGAAGGGGGAUGCUGGCACCACUGGUAACCUCCUAAGAUAGAGCUUUCCAAACUGUGUGUCGCAACACAUUAGUGUGUCAGACGCAGUGUGCAGGUGUGUCACUUGAACACUCCCCACGUUCCUUCCAGGGCUGGAAAGGAGUUCAUUUAACCUCUGGUUUGCUAGUAAAACUGAAUUACCAUGUCACGAAAUGAUGCAUGUCUACAAAGUGUGUCACCAACAUGAAAAGUCUGGAAAACUGCCCUAAGAGGAACUCCUAGUUAUGAGAUUUGUAUUUGUGUCUCUGCCUGAAUUAUGCAAAAUAAGAAUAUUUGCACGCGCACACAAAUUCUGCCACUCCUGAUAGGGAGGGCCUUUCUUCCAUAAGGACUAGUCUCUUGUAUUAUUGUUAAAGUUGAUGUUGCCGACAUGUUUAAUUUUGCACUCAGGACCACAUAUUGGGCUUGCACAGAUUGCAAAUCUCAUACCAGAGGAAGGUAGGAGAAACCAUAAGAGAGUACAAAACUGUACUUUAGAUAGGUAGGUACUGUCUUGUCCAGAAGUAAGAGGACGCAUAACUGAAAGUUUAAUUGACUUCUACAAUGUUGUACAGCAGGAAAAACCAGCCGAUGGGAGUUACCAGUGACAUAUUGAUGUGUGAUGCCCAACCACGUUUUGGUCCUGUGCUAGCAAGUCUGGAUUGAGCCAGGCUCUUCUGCAUAAUCCUUCCCCUCCUACAUACUCAGUGAGGGCUGGUGCACAUUGGAACUGGUAGGGUAGAAGGCAGGGAGACCACCAGUAGGGGGAGCCAGAGCCAAUGAGAGGCAGAACCAGCACAUUCUAGUUUUGUCCCUAUCUGCCUGCUGAGUUCUACAAGGGGUAACACUGAGAUUGGACUGGAUGAAAGUAAGAAGGCAGGGAGGUGGGGGCUAGCUGGGGCAGAGUGGGGCUGGUGGGGCAGUGCCCCACUGGCCUUGGACGAGCCUCCACUGUACAAACCGUCCAACAUUUUCCAACACAAAACUAGGGCACAUAGCUUCUGCACUUUAUUCGGGAUGACGACACCCAGCUCUACCUCUCUUUUAAAUCAGAACCAGUGAAGGCGGUGAAUGUCCUGUGUGAGUGUCUGGAGGCGGUUGAAGAAUGGAUGGCGGCUAACAGAUUGAGGUUGAAUCCUACAAGACAGAAGUACUGUUUUGGGGGGACAGGGGCAGGCGGGUAUGGGGCACUCCUCAAUGGAGUAACUGAAGGACCAGGUGCGCAGCCUGGGAGUCAUUUUGGACUCACAGCUGUCCAUGGUAAAUUCUGUGUCCAGGGCAGCUGUCUACCAGCUCUAUCUGGUACGCAGGCUGAGACCUUACCUGCCCACAGACUGUCUCGCCAGAGUGGUGCAUGCUCCAAUUAUCUCCUGCUUGGACUACUGCAAUGCGCUCUAUGUGGGGCUACCUUUGAAGGUGACCCGGAAACUACAACUAAUCCAGAAUGCGGCAGCUAGACUGGUGACUGGGAGCGGCCGCCGAGACCACAUAACACCGGUCUUGAAAGACCUAUAUUGGCUCCCAGUACGUUUCUGAGCACAAUUCAAAGUGCUGGUGCUGACCUUUAAAGCCCUAAACAACCUUGGCCCACAAACGGUCUUCACCCCCAUCGUUCCCUCAUUGCAAGAAGUGAGGUUACAGGGAAACAGACAGAGGGCCUUCUCGGUAGUGGCGCCCACCCUGUGGAACGCCCUCCCUUCAGAUGUGAAGGAAAUAAGCAGCUAUCCUAUCUUUAAAAGACAUCUGAAGGCAGCCCUGUUCAGGGAAGUUUUUAAUAUUUAACGCAGUAUUGUUUUUAACACUUGAUUGGGAGCCGCCCAGAGUGGCUGGGGAAACUCAGCCAGAUGCUUGGGGCAUAUUAUCUUGUGUGGCACCCAAAAAUGUUUGUUUUGGGACACUGUGCAAGAUCAUGGCCCUGAAAAAAGCGCCUUUUCAGGGUGCUAGAGCAUGCAGGAUUGCCAUCGAGAUCUUAUGCGAAGAAAAUUGAAUGUCCAUUUUUUCCGGGGCACUUGGAAGCUUCCUGAUUUGUAACAGACCUACACAGACAUUGACAUCACAUGGAGAGAGAGGAGGGUCAACCCUGCUAUCAUGUCACUUGCUGGUCCAGUCUCCAUUAUAUCCAUGCAUUUGUGGUAUGUUUGCAGCUCACACAAGGUUCCAGCUCACGGGGGGAGCCUAUGCAGGUUUAGCAGGCUUCCCCUUCUGCAGACGGGUCCUUCAGAAUUUGUCCGUUUGUGUAAAUGCAUUUCAGAACAGCUUAAUAUUUUAAAUACUUUUAAGUGGUAUAUAAAAAUUUGAUAAUAAAAACAGGUAAAAUACAAAAUCAGUAAAAACAGCAUUAUAAAAUCUUAUAAAGUUCAGAAGUAGUAAUGCUUCUGAAUACCAGUUGCUGGAAAACCACAGGAGGGAAGAGUGCUCUUGUGCUCAAAUCCUGUUUCCAAAAGGCAAGUUUCCAAAAGACAUCUGGGUAGCCAUUGUGAGAACAGGAUCCUGGACUAGAUGCACCAUUGGCCUGAUCCAGCAGGCUCUUCUUAUAUUCUUAUGCAUGGGGAAAAGGGGGGCCAUAUCCCUGAGUGCAUAAUAAUAAUAAUAAUAAUAAUAAUAAUAAUAAAUUUAUUUAUACCCCGCCCUCCCCAGCCAUGGCCGGCCUCAGGGCGGCUAACACCAAAUAUGAAUUACAAUAAAAUGUAAUAGAAAAACAACAACAACAAACAAACAAACAAUUAAAAUAUGGCUUAAAAUACAGCUUAAAAUGCAGUCUCAUGUUACCUUCUACCAGGGCUAGCCCACCCAUGAGGUAAGGUGAGGCGACCGCCUCGGGUGGCAGGAUGCACAGGGGCAUCAGAUCCCAAUGGAGAUAUUUAUUCCCUCCUUGUUCCUGAUGUAGACCUUCACUCACGCCUCCUUCUCUGGUGGGGAGGGGCACCAUUUUGUGCUUUGCCUCAGGUGCCACAAUGUCUUGAGCCAGAUUUGCCCUCUACCCAAUCUAAACAUAUAUUUCUAAAGAUUUUAAACUGCUCACAUUGUAACAUAUCAGAGCAGGGGUACAGAAAGCAAAAUAUAAGUAUAAGAGAAAAUACAGGUAAAGUCACAGCAGUACACCACCUAAUAAAUGGAUGAAAAUUAAGAGAGCCUAUUUGGCCAGAGAGCUAAAGCUGUUAAAAAGCAAUAUUUUAAGACGGAAACCCAACCAAACUUGAACCAGGUGUCUCCCCCCCCCCCCCACAAGGAUCCCUUUCCCACCCUGCCUGCUCCAAGGGUUUCUGAGGCCCGGAGCCCAGCCUGGCCUCGCCGCUGCGCUCCCAGCCCCCUCACUGAAUUGGCCCCCCAGUCGGCAUCUGGGAGAUUCAUUCGACAAGGGCUGUGUCAGCCAGCUGGGCUCCCCCCUGCCCCAGUGGGUAGGCAGUGCAGCACAGCUCUGGUGGUGAGGACAGGGCUGGUGUGGCGGACCCUGUGAACCCUCCAAUUGCCGCCCCUCCCUAGCAUGCAAGUCCACAUGCACCCCAGGGGCCAACAAAGAACACAAGGGUGCUGUUUUUAUGUUCACUUCCAGAUGAGCUGUCACUGAGCAUUCAUCAGCGGAGAUCAACAUCUUCUAAAUGGUUGCCUUCCCACCCUGUCUGCAGGAUAGUAUCUCUUAGGAUUCAAAACAUUUGCUUGUGGUGAAAACUGUUUUUACCAAGCCGUUUAGCAAAAUUAGCUAAAAUUAAGGCCUUUGAGUGUGAGACAGUAUUCUUGAAGGCCCUCCUUUCUAGGGGAUUCAGUCACUGCGACCAAGCUCAGCUGAUUUGAAGGAGGGAGUGGUGGGAACAUGCCAAUAAUUUCCUCUUGGCACCUGCACUCUGGCCAGUGUUACAUGAGUCACCCUUUCCCCUGAAUUAGCAGUUGGAAUGCUUAUGCACAUUCCAUUGCACCAAGGUAAGUCACCCUGUGGGAAAAUAAGAUUUCAGCUUAUGGGCAGUAGCUCAUGUUAUUAAGCUGAUAUAUAUUCAUUGGUGUUUAUAUGUAUUUUUAAACCCUCUUAUUCUGGGCUCACUGGAAUGGGAGGAGCAUGUGAGCUGUGCAGACAAGAAAACUCCCUAUGGAAUAUGAAAAUGCAUCUUUUGGUGUCUGGUUGCAUCAUAAUGUCCACUGUGUUGCCAUAUUGUUCCUUGAGUAGAGUGUAUUGUGGGAAGCUGCCCUCUUGGCUUACAAACAGUGACCCUUCAGUAGUUUCUCCUGCCCCAUGGGAGAUGGGGGAAAAAGACGACCAGCAGGAUCAAGGCAUUAGCUGAGAAGAAAACUCUUGAGGACACCCAAGGAAGCUUUUAUUUUUGUUUUGUUUCAAGAAGUUAUUAUUACAAAAGGUCUUGGACAGAGUUACUAGCCGCCAUUUCUCUGCCAAAAAGGAGAGCAAUUUCAUCAGCUCAGCAGGGAAGAAGUUGAGCAAGAUGAACACGGUGUUCUGCUAAUAUCCCCCUGGGAAGAAGCAGUUCCAGAUGCUUUGCUUGGACCCCAAUUUGCUUCUGUAGGAGGCCAGUCCUCAUUGCCUGACCUCCAGUCUCAGCCCCACACUGUGCUACGUGCGCAGGGUAUUUCUGUCAGGGUAUUUCUGGAUCAGUUGGAGAGUGUUAUGCAACCCUGAGCUAGUCCAGUGAAAAUAAAGGUUGCAUCUUGUUGCCUGCUUUGUUGGCAUCCAUCUGUCUUGAGAUGGACACCACCUCCAGCGGUGAAGUCAAACUGCUGUUGUUAGCAGCACCGAAGUGCACUACCCGGGACGCAAACCUAGGCAGUGUGUAUGGAGGACCUGGGCUGCCGAGAUGACAAGACCCCUCUCAUAGCCUUACUGAUGUGUUGUUCCAAAGGAAAGUAGAGCGAUAAAUUUGGCACCAACCAGCUUGGCUGCAGGAGUUGCCAGAAGGAGGCGUACAAGGUGUCAUUCAACUGUUUUAGGGGCUCCACUCCAGAUUUGUGUAGGGUUUGCUCCUUAGCCUUUUCUUCUCCUGAAGAUAUCCUUCAAGGCAACAGACAUUUAGGAUCAGAAUUGUCCAUCUCCUGGAUAGGCUAUCUUCCCAGGUUAACGAACCCCAUCUGACCCUCACUUCCUGUUGGACCCACUACUGGUCUCAUCCACUCAAUCCACCAGAGCCUGUCUUCACAUGUAGGCAAAGACUCUAACUCACUGAGUGUUUGAGACCCACUAGCUACCCCCACUUGGUUUAGCGGGGCAGUCAAAGCCACUGUGUGGCUGCUGUUGCAUGCUGGCAGCUUCUAGGAGCCACAGGUGAGAGCUGAGUGCAGGUUAGGAACCAAAGGUGGAUAAACUACCCCAGAAGGAGCACAAAGUCACCGCCCCCGCCAAGGUACUACCCUUACACCCCAUCCACCCCUGCAGGAUAGGGGUGCCGUCUAGAAUAAAAGAUGGGGAGGGGAGGUAAGCCCUGCCCUGCAUAAUCUAUCACAAGGUGUAGUGUGUGCACAUCGUUUGAAUGGCAAUGUCCAUCAACUUUGGGGAAGCCCAACCCCCUCAAAUAUUUUUUUUUGGGGGGGCAGCAAAAUGACCUCAGUCCCUAUGAGUUGGCUCCUUUGCCUGCAGGGUCACAGAAUCAUAAAAUGUUUGAGUUGAAAGUUGACUUUGUGGGCAUUGAGCCCACUCCCCGGUUCAACACGGGAAUUCUGAAACUACAAGAUUCCUGACAGAUAGCCAAUCAGCCUCUGCUUAAAAGUUUCCCAUGAAAGAGAGCCCCCUACCCCCUGAGGCAGACUGCCCCACUGUCAAACAUCUCUAACCAUUAGGGAGUGUCUCCACUUUAUCUUUUCUUCUGGGUGCUAAACAUCCUCAGUCCUUUCAAGUGUUCCUGAUAGGAACUGGUGUCUAGACUCCACUCACCUUCCUAGUCGCCAUACUCCUGAUAUGCUAAAAUUUGUCAGUGUCCUUCCUGAUGCACUUAAGUUUAUCAUGUCCUUAACAUCUGGCAGGGCUGGACACAGGAGCCUGACAGUGCAGGAUAAAAGCUAAUGACCCGAACAAAGUGUUUCUGUUUAUGCAGCCUAAAGAUUGCAUUAGCUUUCUUAGCACAUGCAUCACUUUGCUGGCCCGUGUUCAGCUUGCGAUCAGCUAAAGACAUCUGGAGCCUGUGAUUUGUCCUCUUUUUGUCUCCCUCCCCUCCCCCAUCCCAUUUAUGGUUGGAAGUGCAACAGCAUAAAUCAUUCCAUUUGCAGAAUAAGAGUUAAUCCUGUUAUUGAUAAAGUCAAGAGGGUGGAGGGUCAUCAUGCUUGCCGAGGUAGCACAUGGGCUCUGGAAGGUUGCUGAUGAAGUAGUAGUAGUAGUAAUAAUAAUAAUAAUAAUAAUAAUAAUAAUAAUAAUAAUAAAUUUUAUUUACACCCUGCCCUCUGCGGCCAGAGCUGGGCUCAGGGCAGCUAACACCAGUAAAAUUACAGUAAAAACAUAAUAGAGGGGGAAAACCAAUUUAAAAUGCAGCCUCAUUUUAAAAGUAGCCCAUAGAUCAAAACCAUAAGGGGAGGGAAACAUAAGGGUCAGACGAUGAGUCCAAACCAAAGGCCAGGUGGAACAGCUCUGUUUUGCAGGCCCUGCGGAAAGACGUCAAGUCCUGCAGGGCCCUGGUCUCUUGUGACAGAGCGUUCCACCAAGUUGGGGCCAGCACUGAAAAGGCCCUGGCCCUAGUUGAGACCAAUCUAACCACCUUGCAACCUGGGACCUCCAAAAUGUUGUCAUUUGUGGACCUUAAGGUCCUCCGCGGGGCAUACCAGGAGAGGCGGUCCCGUAGGUACGUGGGUCCUAGGUCGCAACAUAAUGUGACACCCCCUGGCUGCCCCCCCCCCAAAUAGUUCCUCACCCCUCUGCUAAGGCCAAGGCCAUGUCCCUCCAUUCAGAUGAGCAAUCUCAGGCCCUGACUUAGGCCUACAGCUGGCAUACUGUGAGUCUCUUCACUGCCACUCUGCAACAAAUGUCCCUUUGUCACCUCCUGACUCAAACGCAGGCUCCCAAGCCCAGAUUUCCCACCAAACGUGUUGCUCUGGUCUUAUAUAAUUUCUUGGCCAAACACCACCAGUGGCUGUGGGUUGCUUCCAAUGGCUCACAGCCUGAAUGUAAUAGACACCACAUGUCAAUGUGUUAUGAUGGCCCUGAGAGACGUGGCCUCUGACCCCUGCAAAGCAGAGCCUGUACACAGAGGCGUGGCUGGCUGCUGCCUUCCAGCUGGGGCAGGGCGUGCCUGGGAUGGGCUUGCUGUCAAUUGCUGCACACUGAUGGGAGAUAAAAGGCAAGCCCCGGGACUCCUCCAGCCUCUCAUUCCUCCAGUAGCUUCCCCGGGAGAGCAGACCAAGGAGAAGGCCGGGUUGGUUCAAGUUUGAGCAGAGGAACCUUCAGCUGUGCUUAAAAGCAGUCAGGUGAAGCUGUCCGAAGAUGACUUCCCUUUGGGGAUUUGCAUCUCUGCUCUGGGCUGUCGCUGUGUUUUUGGCUGCGGUGAGUGACAAAGACCUUUGGGGGUCAGCAAAAAGAGUGUUGUGGUCGCUGAAAGACUGACAAAUCUAUGGCAGCACAGGCUUUUAUGGGAUCCUUUUUGUGCGGCUCUGGGCACAAUCUGUUGUGCGUGUUUAAAACAACAACAACAGAGUAAAAAAUUUGGGUGGUUGGUGUGGUGUGGUGGUUGAUCAUUUGAGCUGUUGGCCAGAUUGCUAAGUUUUGAAUCUUGUCUCAGCUCCAGGCUCCAUAGUUUGCAGUGCUCUCUUAGGCUCAGGUACCCCAUCUGUAAUGUGUGGAUCGAAAUGUUGACCUUAUAGAGUGUUGCAGAAAAUACUGUGUGAGUGUGCAGUAAGUGUUUUGCCCACUAAAAAAACAGGUUAUUGGUAUUGUCAGUGCUUUUUUUCUUUAAAAAAAUUUUGUUUAGGGGUACUCUUUUUCCUACUUAUACAGUGGUACCUCGGGUUACAUAUGCUUCAGGUUACAGACUCCGCUAACCCAGAAAUCUUACCUCAGGUUAAGAACUUUACUUCAGGAUGAGAACAGAAAUCGUGCAGCGGUGGCGCAGCGGCAGUAGUGGUACCUCAGGUUAAGAACAGUUUCAGGUUAAGAACAGACCUCCAGAACGAAUUAAGUUUUUAACCCGAGGUACCACUGUAUUGAAAUACUGCCCCUCAAUGAGGCCAAACUUAGAUUCACAAAAUGUUUAGGGGUAUGCGUACCCCACCCCAGAAAAAAAGCACUGGGUACUGUUAUGAUUACCAUGAAUUUUGGAAACGUCUGGGGGAAAUCUGCUUUAGUAAUAUUAAUUCAUUUGAUUAAGGCAAAAGAUGUUUUAACAUACCAGGAAUUAAAACUGGUAGUCAAAGAUUUUCUUUAGAUUAAUAUUUUCAGCUGAGAAAUUGGGUAGAAAAUUGAUCUAAGAAAGGAAGCAACUUUUGAGAAUACAUUUCAGCAGGGAAAGGCAAAGAUUGAUACCUAAGAUCUAUAAUGCAUUGGUAUAUAUUGAUGCUUAAGAUGGAAUAAAUAUUGCAAUAAAUGGAAGCCAGAGUUAUGGAAAUGUAUUCCAGAUAAGAUGUGGGUAUCUAUAUGAAAACAAAGUAAACAGUUAUCCUCUAAACUAAGUUUGACUGAAUCAUUUUCAAAUAUGGACCAGAUGGUAUAUUAGGAUUUUGAGGAUGUAUUGCAUUAGAAGCAGAAAAAAGUAUUAAUUUAUUAUUAAUUGAUGGUAACUAAACACUAAAAGUUCAAGCUUGAAGAGAAAGAGCAAGUUCCAAAAGUGAUAGACUGGGAGAUGGUGUGUUAGAAAAACAAGAAAAGUUUGGGAGACUGAAUUAUUUUAAAAUAUAAUGCUAACAUUAGGUUUUAGAGAAUAUAAAUUGGAACAAAAUAUUAUUAAUUGCAUGUGUAUUUGUAGAUAAAAAUAAUUAAGAGGAAGUUGUUUAUAGCUGGGGCUAUGAUUAACUGUAUUUAUUGAUAUGUGUACUAAGAUUUGUAUAUAUAUAUAUGUUUUGUUUAGGUGUAUGUAGAGUGAUUUAAGUUCUUAAAACUUAAAAAAAAAAAAUACACAUCCAUGGCAUCACAACAUCAUACAAAACAAAAUUACACAAAAGUGCUUUAACAUAGCCAUAAGAAUACAGUGCAGAACAAUUUACUACAUGUUAAAAUAGGGAAAAAACACAAAUACAUAAUAGAACAAUAGAAUUGUAGAGUUGGAAGCCCCUGCAAUGCAGGAAUCUUUUGCUCAACAUGGGGCUCCAGCCCAUAAUAAGAGUCUCAUGCUCUGCUGACUGAGAACUUGGAUCCACUUAGCAGCUACCACCAGGGGAAGUGUCCAAGUAAUACAGUGGUACCUCAGGUUACAUACACUUCAGGUUACAUACGCUUCAGGUUACAGACUCCGCUAACCCAGAAAUAGUAUCUCGGGUUAAGAACUUUGCUUCGGGAUGAGAACAGAAAUCGUGUGGUGGUGGCGUGGUGGCAGCAGUGGCGUAACAUGGGUUGUCAGCACCCGGGGCAAGGCAAGUAAUUUGCACCCCCUAACCCGUGGAUUUGCGCCCCCUAACCCGAACCCCCAGAAGUUGCGCCCGGUGCGGCCGGCCCCCCCUGCACCCCCCACGCUACGCCACUGGGUGGCAGCAGGAGGCCCCAUUAGCUAAAGUGGUGCUUCAGGUUAAGAACAGUUUCAGGUUAAGAACGGACCUCCGGAACGAAUUAAGUACUUAACCAGAGGCACCACUGUACAUCUAACCAAAACAUUUUCUGGAGAAGUGGCAGUUAUAUUACACCUCUCUGACCAGCCACUUGAUGCAAGACCUUUUUCUUAUCUGUCAAGUUGAGCAAUGCCCUAUUGCAAUAGCUGUAAUAAAUGCCGGAUGCUGGACUUGAUUUCCUUUGUUUUGAACAAAGUGAAGUAGAUAUAAAUUCUUACCACAUCCUUGUAUCUGCAUACUUGGUCCCCCUGCUUUCACUCGUCAUUACCUUACGUUUUUGCAAAUGUUUUUGAGACAGAGCAAGGGUGAUUCUUUGAUGAUAUAAUGUUAUUGUUUAAAUGCAUUAAAAAAAAUAGUAGGAGAGAUCUGCCUGAUGCUGUGUAUGCACCAGGUAUCCAAAGCACAUUUAAAGCACAUGACUUUCCCUAAAAAAUCCUGGGAACUGUAGCUUGUACAGUGGUACCUCGGGUUAAGUACUUAAUUUGUUCCGGAGGUCCGUACUUAACCUGAAACUGUUCUUAACCUGAAGCAGCACUUUAGCUAAUGGGGCCUCCUGCUGCCGCCACGCCGCCAGAGCACGAUUUCUGUUCUUAUCCUGAAGCAAAGUUCUUAACCUGAAGCACUAUUUCUAGGUUAGCGGAGUGUGUAACCUGAAGCCUAUGUAACCUGAAGCGAAUGUAACCCAAGGUACCACUGUACAGUGGUGCCCCGCAAGACGAAUGCCUCGCAAGACAAAAAACUCGCUAGACGAAAGGGUUUUGCGUUUUUUGAGUCGUUCCGCAAGACGAAUUUCCCUAUGGGCUUGCUUCGCAAGACGAAACGUCUUGCGAGUUCUUGCGAGUUUGUUUCCUUUUUCUUAAAGCCGCUAAGCCACUAAGCCGUUAAUAGCCGCUAAGCCGCUAAUAGCCGUGCUUCGCAAGACGAAAAAACCGCAAGACGAAGAGACUCGCGGAACGGAUUAAUUUCGUCUUGCGAGGCACCGCUGUACUGGGAAUUUUGCUCUGUGAGGGAUAAACUACAGUUCCCAGAAUUCUUUGAGGAAGUCACAUGCUUUAAAUGUAUGGUAUGUAUGCAAUUUGGGAUCUUGACUUUGGUAGUGCUUGGCUUUUGAGCAGAAGCUCAGUCACAGAGCAUGUGCUUUUCCUGUAGAUCAGGGAUGGGGAACUUGUGGCCCUCCGGCUCUUCCUAGACUCAAACUCCCAUCACCCCUGACCAUGCUGGCCAAGGCCCAUGGGAAUUGGAGUCCAACAACAUCUGUAGAGCUACAGGUUCCCCAUCCCUGCCGUAGAAGGACUCGGUUUCACCCCCUAGCGUCUCCAGGUAAUGGGUGGCAGGAAAGUCUUUUCUCCACCUGAGACCCUUCGGAACAGCUGCCAGUCAGAGUUGACGAUAUCGGCCUAGAGAUAGACAAAUGAUCUGAUUCAGUAUAAGGCAGCUUUGUAUUGUUUGAGGAGUUUUAUAGUUAAACAGGGAUUCAAAUCUGAGUGAUCCAAAAUAUUGGUUGGCUUUAGAAGCUGAUUGCACAAGUUCAUGGAGGAUAAUAAGUCUAUCAGCAGCUACAUGCCCCUGAAUACCAGUUGCUGGGAGCAGGAAGUUGCUGGGAGCAGGUUCUGCUUCCUAGAGGCACCUGCAUGGAAGCAGAUUCUCUUUAUCAAAAGGGGAACCUUGUCUGUCUUGCCAGUGGGAAACAACAGAGCCCUGAGGCAACUUAAAGGCUCUUUGCGCUCCUUGUGAUCAGUUCACCAGCUUAUCUGUGCAGUCCUGUUAUCAUUCACUGUGUCUCCUGUGGUCUUCCUUAGCUGGGGGGUUGGGGGGGUGUUGUACAUUUUGCAUCGCCCUCUCAUAAUUGCAUUAUUCCAACAUUGCGUCAGAAAUGCUGACUCACUAUUUGGAAGAGCCCAUAAAACAAAUCAGUCAUGGGUGUAGCCCAGGGAGGGGCGGGGUGGGGGGCAACUCCCCCCACCUAAAUCAAUAAAAGUUAAUAAAAAUACAUAGCAAACUGAGGUUUUGCUCCCCCCGCCAACAAAAAUCCUGGCUACGCCCAUGAAAUCAGUUGUUGAUCUUUAAAAUCACAACCAGGUGAAGAGUUGAAAUUCGGAAUCCAGUGGACCACUUUGUAAUUCUCAGAUGUUCCUCUUAAAGCUGUUGUUUGCUGUUCCACUAGAGGGAACACAGCUGUGAUAUUUAAUUUGGAUAUGGGGAACCCAUGGCCCCCUAGCACUGUAACUGUUUUUAGUUCAUGUUGUGAACUAACUUGGAUCCCUCUGUGGGAGAAAGACAGGGUGUUGUGGUUGCAGUUGUUGUUGUUGAUGAUGAUACUGUACAGUAUUAUUAUUAUUACUACUGAUUUAUUAAUUGCCUUCUAAACUACCAUCUCAAGGCAAUUUACACAUAAGAUAAUUAAACCAGUUAAAAUCUCGAAAGCAACAAAUACAUUUAAAACAAGACUAAUACCCUAACAAGUGGUCACUUGUGGUACAGACCCAUUUAUCCAGCUGGGGAAGCCCAUCAGAACAAAAAUCUCUCCCCCCCCCAAGUAAGUGCAUAAAGGGGGUGCCUGUCAUCUUGACAGGAAUGCUAUUCCACAGAAGAGGGCAGCCCAGCUGAAAGCCCUGGUCCAUGUUGCUAUGGGGCUGGCUUCUGAGAACUUUGGAACUUGCAGGAGAAACUCUCUCACAUCUCUCAGCAAUCCUCUGGGUGUAUAAGGGAAGAGGCAAUGUCUCAGAUAACUUGGUCCUCAACUGUUUAGGGCCUUCACCUUGAACUUGGCUUGGUAGCAUAUUGGCAGCCAGUGCAAACCUUGCAAGCAGGGAAAUUAAUUAAUUAAGCUCCAACUCACCAUCUUUGACCAUUGACUAGGUUGGGUAAGGAUAAUGGGAGUUGUAAAGGUAAAGGUAAAGGGACCCCUGACCAUUAGGUCCAGUCGUGACCGACUUUGGGGUUGCAGCGCUCAUCUCGCUUUAUUGGCCGAGGGAGCCAGCGUGCAGCUUCCGGGUCAUGUGGCCAGCAUGACUAAGCCACUUCUGGCGAACCAGAGCAGCGCACAGAAAAGCCUUUUACCUUCCUGCAAGAGUAGUACCUGUUUAUCUACUUGCACUUUGACGUGCUUUCAAACUGCUAGAUUGGCAGGAGCAGGGACCGAGCAACGGGAGGUCACCCCGUCGCGGGGAUUUGAACCGCCGACCUUCUGAUCGGCAAGUCCUAGGCUCUGUGGUUUAACCCACAGCGCCACAUGCGUCCCAAUGGGAGUUGUAGUCAACAACAAAUGGAGUGUUACAGGUCCCUCUCUCACCAGUUUAUUUGAUAGUUUGUCUAGAUAAACACACACACCACACACACUUUGAAUCAGAUAAAAUCAAAUAAACCUAACUUGGUGACAACAAAUGUCUGUGGCAUCACAGACUGAGAGAAGCUGGAUCAAACAGGUGGAUUUAAAUAAGGGUGUGGAAGCUGUCCCUAGUGUUGCUCGACCUGCUUAGAGUAAAAAGGCUCCUUGUUUUUGACAGUGCCCAGCAGAGCUGAUCAGGAGCGGCUCUUUCCAUGGGCAAUGGCUGGGUUGAAUUAGGUUUUAAGUAACCAGAGCAACACAAUGAAAACACCACCCUGAGUCACUCCUAGUGUAUGCAAAGCAGCUCUGCCUAACCUCAGUGUGGCUUACAGUGCUGGGUGCUGACUUAAAGUUAGGGUGCUCUUUGCCCAGAGGAAUCUUAUAAUAUCCCAGGAGGCUUUUGCAUAGUGUACGCUGGGAAAAGGCCACAGCUUAGCGAUUGAGAAGAUGCUUUGCAGGCCAAAGGGCCCAGGUUCAAAUCCUGACACCUGUCCAUUAUUAUUAUUUCAUUACAGUCAUAAAGGUAAUGGUAAAGGGAUCCCUGAGCAUUAGGUCCAGUCGUGACCGACUCUGGGGUUGUGGUGCUCAUCUCGCUUUAUUGGCCGAGGGAGCCGGUGUACAGCUUCUGGGUCAUGUGGCCAGCAUGACUAAGCCACUUCUGGCCAACCAGAGCAGCGCACGGAAACACCGUUUACCUUCCCACUGGAGCAGUACCUAUUUAUCUACUUGCACUUUGACGUGCUUUCGAACUGCUAGGUUGGCAGGAGCAGGAACUGAGCAACGGGAGCUCACCCCGUCGCAGGGAUUCGAACCGCUGACCUUCUGGUCGGCAAGUCCUAGGCUCUGUGGUUUAAACCACAGCACCAACCUUGGGUUAAAUAUGCUUCAGGUUGAGCGUUUUCAGGUUAUGCUCUGUGGCGACCCGGAAGUAACGGAGCGCGUUACUUCCGGGUUUUGCCGCUUGCGCAUGCGCAGAUGCCCAAAAUGACGUCACAGACAUGCGCGAAAAUGGUGAAAUGCGACACACGCAGACGCACAGUCGCGUGUUAUGUUCUACUCAGGAUGCGAACGGGGCUCCGGAACGGAUCCUAUUCGCAUCCAGGGGUACCACUGUAUAUUUAAUUCUUGCUUUCCCCACAAAAGCGUCCCAAAGCAAUGUGCAGUAUAAAAACAACAUGCAAAGAGUGAGAAUAAAACAAGAGCUCAUAAGUGUUCCAUCUGCUUUCGACUCCAGGAGGGACCACUUUUGCAUCUGACCUCACCUGUCACUGGCAUGUGAGCACUGGAAGGGCAUCUGACCCUUGAGCUGGAAAAAGGCUCCCUUCCUCUGCUUAAAUAGAAAUAUAGUAAAUAAAUUAAAGAACAGGAAAGAGCAGAAUGAACAUCAGAGAGGGUGGGUGAAAGGAAAGGAAUUGUAGGUGGGGAGAUCUGUUGCUUUCAGGUCUUCCCGGAGCCACCUGGUUGGCCACUGUGAGAACAAGAUGGUGGACUAGUUGAGCUCUUGGCCUGAUCCAGCGGCACUUUUCUUAUGUUAAGCUCUACUAUAUAACUAAUCCCAUUUUAUGAAGCCUGAAAGACUGGAAAGGAGGACUGGAUCUCUGGGGAAUACCUGGCCAACCCUGUUCCAGAGGCAGGGCAGGGAUAUGAUGCAGUUGAACAAAGCCUUCUUUGUGCUGCCCAGACUGAACUGAGUCAUUUAUUUCGUUUUUAUUUUCGCAAAUUCUUUCCUUCUCUCUUAGCCCAUCAGCAUGGUGGAACACGCAGAGUUCUUGAAAGCUGGGAAGGAGCCUGGUCUUCAAAUCUGGAGAAUCGAGAAGUUUGACCUGGUCCCAGUGCCCAGAAAUCUUUAUGGGGAUUUCUUCACCGGAGAUGCCUACGUCAUCCUCAACACCAUCCGCCAGCGCAAUGGGAACCUGCAGUACGACCUUCAUUUCUGGCUAGGUAAGGUUGGGGUUUUGUGCAGGGACCCCGCAGGUGGCUCAGGGUGAAGACUCGUUGAGAAAUGAGUACAGGAAGCCUUUCACUUCCUAUCCCUACCAUUGCUAGGUAAAGGUAAAGGGAUUCCUGACCAUUAGGUCCAGUCGCGGACGACUCUAGGGUUGCGGCGCCCAUCUCGCUUUAUUGGCCGAGGGAGCCAGCGUACAGCUUCCGGGUCAUGUGGCCAGCAUGACUAAGCCACUUCUGGCGAACCAGAGCAGCGCACGGAAACGCCGUUUACCUUCCCGCCGGAGCGAUACCUAUUUAUCUACUUGCACUUUGAGGUGCUUUUGAACUGCUAGGUGGGCAGGAGCAGGGACUGAGCAAUGGGAGCUCACCCUGUUGCGGGGAUUCGAACCGCCAACCUUCUGAUCGGCAAGUCCUAGGCUCUGUGGUUUAACCAACAGCGCCACCUGCGUCCCUUCUACCAUUGCUACCAUUUUAAACCUAUCUCUGGUUGCUUUCUGCAUUUUUAAAAACUUGUUUUAUUGUUUUUAUUGUAUAAUUGUAAAUUUGCUGCCAUGAAAUUGAAAUUGCUUUGGGGGAAGGGAUGUAGUUCAGUGGUAGAGAAUCUGCCUUGCAUGCAAAAGCCCCCAGUUUCAAUCUGUGGCAUCUCUAGGUAGGGCUGAGAACGUCCUCUGCCGAGAUCCUGGAAAGCCACUAUUGAUCAGUGACCUAGUUGAGGCAACUGUUUGACUCAGAAUAAGGCAACUUCCUAUGUUUCUAAUAUAGAUGAAUAAAUUAUUAUUAUUAUUAUUAUUAAUUCACCUCAUUGCAAUAAUAUGGCUAUCAGUGAGUGCUAGCCAUAAUGGCUAGGCUCUGCCUCCACUGCUUCUGAAUACCAGUUGCUGGACACCAGUUAGUUGAAACCACAUGAGGGGAGGUUGCUCUUGUGCUCAGGUCCUCCAUGACGGGCUACCACAGGUGUCUGGGUGGCCACUGAAUAGUUGGGCCAUGGGCCAUAUACAGUGGUACCUCUAGUUACGAACUUAAUUCGUUCCGGAGGUCCGUUCGUAACCUGAAACCGCUCUUAAUCUGAGGUACCACUUUAGCUAAUGGGGCCUCCCACUGCCACCGUGCCGCCGCCGCUGCAUGAUUUCUGUUCUCAUCCUGAGGUAAAGUUCUUAACCCGAGGUACUACUUCCGGGUUAGCAGAAUCCGUAACCUGAGGUGUUUGUAACCCAAGGUGUUUUUAACGCAAGGUGUUUGUAACUCAAGGUGUUUGUAACCCAAGGUACCGCUGUAUCCAGUGGGCUCUUCUGAUAUUCUUCCUUUUCAAAAGUGCUGCAUAGUUCACUGUUGUUUGUUUACUGACAAUAAACCAAAGCAGUGAAGAUGCCACUUCAAGAUUGAUAUAUUCAAGAUUAAGGCUUAACCUAGGAGUAACCCCUAUUGAACUUUGUGGAGUUUAUUUCUUAAUAGCCAUGCUUCUCUCUUUUCUCUCCUUUUCUGAUUCCUAGGGGACCAAUGCAGCCAGGACGAGAGUGGAUCCGCUGCCAUUUUCACAGUGCAGCUGGAUGAUUACCUUGGUGGGAAGGCAAUUCAGCACCGGGAGGUACAAGGGCAUGAAUCGUCCACUUUCACAGGGUACUUCAAAUCAGGCAUCAAAUACAAGGUAGGUGUAUACAAGUUCAGUUCCUUGCUUGGUAGUACAUCUGAACCUCAUUAGCAAAAGCAUUUCUGGACUGCCUGCCAUCCAGGAAUAUAAAUUCAAACCAGGUGAUUUUUUGAUGAGCCCAUCCUUGGAAUUAUAGAGCUUCCAUUACUCCUUAAUAUUCCCCUAAAUUAUGGAAUUGUUUGAGCUUCAGACCUGCCUGCAUUAAGUCUCCCAAAGUACAGGAGAUCUACGGGCACUAUUCUACUAGUAAGAAUUUCCGCUUGCUCAACAAUUGGAUCUGUUUUGUAUAAAUAGUUGCGUAUUUUAUGGGUUUUAUCCUUGUUUUGACUAUUGGUUUUUGUCUGUCAAUUUCAUGGGGUGGGGGGCGGGGAGAGCAAGCAAGCAAACAAAAAAUCUCAGGUUGUGCCAUCUCCACUUGAUCAGGCUGUUUUAGAUGGCUAAAUUGUACAGUGGUGCCUCUGGUUAAGUACUUAAUUCGUUCUGGAGGUCUGUUCUUAACCUGAAACUGUUCUUAACCUGAAGCACCACUUUAGCUAAUGGGGCCUCCUGCUGCUGCCACGCCGCCGGAGCACUAUUUCUCUUCUCAUCCUGAAGCAAAGUUCUUAACCUGAAGCACUAUUUCUGGGUUAGUGGAGGCUGUAACCUGAAGUGUAUGUAACCUGAGGUACCACUGUAGUUUAAUUGCAUGAACAACAACCUAGGGCAUAGGUAGACAAACCAAGGCUCGAGGGCUGGAUGCGGCCCAAUCGCCUUCUCAAUCCAGCCCAUGGAUGGUCUAGGAAUCAGCAUGUUUUUACAUGAGUAGGAUGUGUCCUUUUAUUUAAAAUGCAUCUCCGGGUUAUUUGAGAGGCCUGCCUGGUGUUUUUACAUGAGUAGAAUGUAUGCUUUUAUUUAAAAUGCAUCUCUGGGUUAUUUGUGGGGCAUAGGAAUUCAUUCAUUUCCCCCCCAAAAAUAUAGUCCUGCCCCCGACAAGGUCUGAGGGACAGUGGACUGGCCCCCUGCUGGAAAAGCUGGCUGACCCCUGUCUUAGGGUGUGUGUGAACUGACACACCACCCUUCUCAGCUAUCUGCAUUUGACAAUUUGCUAUCCUCCUCCUCUCACCUUGCAAAACUCUUGCUAAGGCAAUCACAAAAAGGUCACAGCUCAUCCUCUUCAUUUACAUUUCCCUGUAAACAGGGAAUUUUUAAAAUACUCAGGCCUGACCCCAAAACUCCACCAGACAACGACAAGGACACAGCUGUUGUGUAAGCUUACGAAGAACAAAAAGGGCAUGCAGUGCAGACUUUUAAAGCCACAGAAUAAAUGCAGCAAUUAUAGAAGGAAAUGAUAAAUAGAUAAAGAGGUACAUUUGAGGUUCCUCCAGACUGAAUCAAGUGCAUAUCAAGGAAAUUUAGGGAAUUAAAGUGCACUGGUGCCCUGGAGCUAUAAGCCCACUAUGAAAAAGAAAAUGAUUUUUAUUUUUAUUUUUGCAAUUAGGAAUGGGCUCCUCCAGAGGACCUGUUUCUUGAGCAUUCUUCUUGAUUUGCUUGCACAAUCAAUAUUAAAUUAUACCUGGUUUAUAUCCGAAUUCUACAUGGCAAAGAACAUCCAUUCUGAUUUGCUUGUGGGUGCUUAAUUUUCCCAUGAAGCAUGCAUUCAUCCAACACUUUCCCCUGUGCAUGUUAGCAUUUGCUCAUCAUUUCCCAUGCUAUAAAAAUUGAAAUUCCUUGUAUUUGUUUUGCAGGGCAGUGUUUCUCAUACUUGAGUCUUUAGCUGUUUGUUGUCGGACUACAGUUCCCAUCAUUCCUAUCUAGCAGGGAGUUGGUAGUUCAACAACAGCUGGAGACCCAUGCUUGAAAAACACUGUGCUAGGGUGACAGAACACUUUGAUCUACUUUAAUUGUGCAAACCUGAAGUUCUAGCAUGCAGCUGAAUUUCUCCUUCAAAAUAGGGACAGUAUAAAGCCAGUCAAAGUGACAGGGAAAUGCACUGAAAGGUGUGGAAUGAAUGUUUAAAUGGGAAGACGUAUAACCACCAUGCAAGCAAAUAAGGAUGAAUGCUCAUUGACAUAUAACUCCUGCAAAGAACUUAGAACAAACGCUUAAUAAAGAUGAGAUAAUAAUAAUAAUUUAUUAUUUAUACCCCGCCCAUCUGGCUGAGUCUCCCCAGCCACUCUGGGCGGCUUCCAAUCAAGUGUUAAAAACAAAACAGCAUUAAAUAUUAAAAACUUCCCUAAACAGGGCUGCCUUCAGAUGUCUUUUAAAAAGAAGAUAGCUGCUUAUUUCCUUCACAUCUGAAGGGAGGGCGUUCCGCAGGGCGGGCGCCACUACCAAGAAGGCCCUCUGUCUGGUUCCCUGUAACCUCACUUCUCGCAAUGAGGGAACCGCCAGAAGGCCCUCGGCGCUGGACCUCGUGUCCGGGCUGAAAGAUGGGGGGGAGACGCUCCUUCAGGUAUACAGGACCGAGGUCGUUUAGGGCUUUCAAGGUCAGCACCAACACUUUGAAUUGUGCUCAGAAACAUACUGGGAGCCAAUGCAGAUCUCCAGGACCGGUAUUAUGUGGUCCCGGCGGCCACUCCCAGUCACCAGUCUAGGUGCCGCAUUCUGGAUUAAUUGCAGUUUCCGGGUCACCUUCAAAGGUAGCCCCACGUAGAGCGCAUUGCAGUAGUCCAAGCGGGAUAUAAUCAAACCUCUUCAUUUCAGGAUAAAUUCUCAGUGAAUAGGUUGUCUGCAGCAACUCUUACUCAGCUGCUAGGGACAGCUUUCUCAUUGUGAUGAUAAUCUGUCUGAUACCCAGGUAGACCCAAGCAAGGUGUUCAGCUUGGUGGAUGGCCAGUCAAAUUGUUUCUUUGUUCUUCUAGGCUGGUGGUGUGGCUUCUGGCUUCCGCCAUGUGGUUCCCAAUGAAGUGACUGUCCAGAGACUCCUUCAGGUCAAAGGAAGGCGAACUGUACGUGCUACAGAGGUGCCCGUCACCUGGGACAGCUUCAACACCGGUGAUUGCUUCAUCUUGGAUCUGGGCCAGGUGCGUUUCUUGCAAGCCCUGAGGGUAACGGGAAUUUGUUCUGUUUUCUUAAACAAACAAACAAAACUUAUUAUUUUUCCUUAGAUUGGAAUAGCUAAAACUGUCAAUUUCAGUUUUGCUCAGUUUCUUACAUUUUUGCUAGUCUUAAUUUCAGUUUUCCACAAAUCAACAUCGGUUUGUAUUUUUUUUUAAAAAAAGUCUCUUGAACAUUUUAAUUAGCAUUUUAUUGAAAAAUUCUAAUAUACACAUUUUUUCAAAGCAGUUCCCCAUACAUAAUGCAUUCUUGUUUCGUACUUUCAUCAAUAUGUGCAUUUUUAUACACACUUUACCUCAGAAUAUGCUUUUUUUUUUUGUAUGUUACAUGUCUGGAAAACUGCACUGCAAAAUUCAGAGAAGAGUGAAUUUUGAAGGAUAGUUGUAUUCCGGUUCACACAUUUUUUCAGAAAUUACAAAUUAAGUAGAUUCAUCUUUAAAUGUGAACUGGAUCUAGUUUUUCCACCAUCCCUAUGCAUCUCUGAACCAGAACAUGACAUUUUUUUUGAGUUUCCCUUGGUUCUGUGCUGGUCCCCUUCAUUAUGGGGCAUGAAAAGCCUUGUAGGAGAUAAUAAGAUGCUGUUAGUCCAGGCCUGAUACGAAUGUGUCCUGCCAAGCAAGCGCAUUUUCCUAGAUGAUUGUACAAAGUGCUCUGCUCCAGCCUGAAGCUAGCUUUGUCUGUGACACAUUCCCAGUUUGAGGGCAGGCACAGGCUUAAAGUGGACACAGCUGGUCUGGCCCCCUCAAAUAAAUUAUUAAAUUAUUUUGUUAUAUUGCUGAUUUUGUGGAAGCUACUUUGAACUGUGGAGAAGUAGCAUAUAGGUGUUGUCAAUAAUCCAAUCAUUACCUUAUUUAGGCUGUGAUCUGGUUUGCACAUAACACUAAACUAUGAUUCAUAUAGAGUUAUGUGUGAACUGUGAUUUGUUAGCUAUGAUUGCUCAUUCAUAAACCUUAGUUUAUAAACCUUGAAAAGGUAAAGGUACCCCCUGACUGUUAGGUCCAGUCGCGGACGACUCUGGGGUUGCGCGCUCAUCUCGCUCUAUAGGCUGAGGGUCCCCGCGUUCGUCUGCAGACAGCUUCUGGAUCAUGUGGCCAGCAUGACUAAGCCGCUUCUGGCGAACCAGAGCAGCGCACAGAAACGCCAUUUACCUUCCCGCUGGAGCGGUACCUAUUUAUCUACUUGCACUUGAUGUGCUUUCGAACUGCUAGGUGGGCAGAAGCUGGGACUGAGCAAUGGGAGCUCACCCCGUCGCAGGGAUUCAAACUGCUCACCUUCCGAUCGGCAAGCCCUAGGCUCUGUGGUUAACAUUAAUUAUAGCUUAGUAUUGUUUCAUGUUCUCAUUGGUGUUUUCAACUGUUAUGUGACAUGGUUUAAGUGAUCAGCUGCCAGGUGCCUCAGUUUUAACUGCAGUUCAUUUAACCAUGGUUCACAUUAACCACGGUCUAAUGGUUUGUGAGUACAAGGUCACUUCUUUGCAUCAUAAGAAAUCUGACUCCCUCUUCCUGCUAUAUAGUCAUAGUAUUUGCCUCUUUAACCUCCUUCUUUCUGUGCCCUGCAGAAUAUUCAUCAGUGGUGUGGCUCACAAAGUAACAGGUUUGAAAAGCUGAAGGCCACCCAAGUCGCCAAGGGGAUCCGGGAUAACGAGAGAAGUGGACGCGCAAGGGUCUAUGUCAUAGAUGACGGUGCUGAGCGGGAAGAGAUGCUUCAGGUCCUGGUUUAUUUACUUUCUCACAAAUCCAUACGUGCUACUCAGCUGCAAUCCUAUAUGCAGUUACUUGGGAGUAAGCCUAACACAAGGAACUUACUUCUGAGUAACUAAGGGGGUCAACUUACAUGUUUUGCAGAGAAUCCAUGACUAGAUUUUGCAGGGAACUUAAAUGCAGUUGCUGUUUCUGCCUAUUUGCUUGCAUCAGCAGAGGGACAGGGCAUUCUGUUAAUUUCCCAAUCUCCCGUGUGGAAGUCCGGUUGAGGAUCCUACAGAUUAAAAUCCAGCCUCUUCUGAAUAUCAGUGCUCUUCACCAAAUGUGGUGGGUGAGAGAAAAUGGGGCAGUGUUGCUACAUUCACACAGGUACCGUUUCAGCAUGUUGUUGUUAAUCGAAACAUGAAAGCUUCAGAGCCCAGUUGAUGCUGAGUAUGUAAGAUCUGCCUCCUCCCACCAAACCCCUUGCACAUUCAGUAAAACUGCACCGGGAUACUGUAGGAGAGGUUUGAAUUCUGAAUUUUUAUAACAACAACAAUUUAUUAUUUAUGCCCCACCCAUCUGGCUGGGUUUCCCCAGCCACUCUGGGUGGCUUCCAACAGAAUAUUAAAAUACAAUAAUCUGUUGAACAUUAAAAGCUUCCCUAAACAGGGCUGCCUUCAGAUGUCUUCUAAAAGUCUGGUAGUUGUUUUUCUCUUUGACAUCUGAUGGGAAGGCGUACCACAGGGUGGGGGCCACUACGGAGAAGGCCCUCUGCCUGGUUCCCUAUAACUUGGCUUCUCGCAGGGAGGGAACCGCCAGAAGGCCCUCGGGGCUGGACCUCAGUGUCCGGGCAGAAUGAUGUGGGUGGAGACGCUCCCUCAGGUAUACUGGACCGAGGCCGUUUCGGGCUUUAAAGUUCAGCACCAGCACUUUGAAUUGUGCUCGGAAAUGUACUGGGAGCCAGUGUAGGUCUUUCAAGACCGCUGUUAUGUGGUCUCAGCGGCUGCUCCCAGUCACCAGUCUACCUGCCGCAUUCUGGAUUAGUUGUAGUUUCCGGGUCACCAGAGAGGAGGGAGGUAAACAAUCCUGCUUGUGGUUAUCUGGUUGGCCACUGUGAGAACAAAAUGUUGGAGUAAAUGCUCCUACGCCCCCAUCCUCCUCCCUGCUGAGUUCCACUAGGGCAGGCAUGACCAACUCCCAAGAGACUGCGAUCUGCUCCCAGUAUAAAAAAACUGGCAGUGAUCUACCCAUUGUCAUUGGAGGGAGGAGGAGCAAGGAGGAGCCUGCGUGUGUGGGGUGGGUGGAUUGCCCAGAGUUGUUGAUCCCAAAAUUGUUUGUUGAGCUUUUUUGGGGUAAGGUUGCCCAGAGUUCUUCAGCUUUUAUUUGUUAACUUUUAGCAAACUUUAUUUACCGUAUUUUUCGCUCUAUAAGAUGCACCAGACCAAAAGACGCACCUAGUUUUUGGAGGAGGAAAACAAGAAAAAAAAUAUUCUGAAUCUCAGAAGCCAGAACAACAAGAGGGAUUGCUGCGCAGCAAAAGCAGCAAUACCUCUUGCUGUUCUGGCUUCUGGGAUAGCUGCGCAGCCUGCAUUCACUCCAUAAGACGCACACACAUUUCCCCUUACUUUUCAGGAGGGAACAAGCGAGUCUUAUAGAGCAAAAAAUACAGUAAUCCCCAAAUCAAUAAGGGUCACACGACCUACCAGGAUCAGCCAGGGGUCUACCAGUAGAUUGCCAUCUACUGGCUGGACAUGCCUGUACUGGGGCAACAUUGCGACUUAAGGAGGGAACUUGCAACCAGUACCACUCCCUGGACUGUUUGCUAACAUGAAGGCCAGUAGGCAGGGUGCUGGCUAAGGGCAGACUUCAGUUGGUAGGGCAAUGCCCCAUUUGCCCUAAUGGACCAGCCACCAAUAUCAAAGCCAUGCCCUUUUCACUGGUCAAUUUCCAUAAGGUUUUGAAUUUGGCUUCGCCUUCCUGCCCUCUCCAUUUCCCAUAACUAUCCUCUUGUGCAACAGGCAUAAAUCAGGGUUAAAAAAAGAGAGUAAAUGAUUAUUUUUCCAUGUGGGAUGCUGUUUAUUUCUUCAGUUAAAGCAUCUGGCGAGCAGAGAGCCUGUUUAGUCAGCAUACACUCCUCUAGAAACUUUUAUAUAUUAUUAUUAAUAAUUUUUUGCGUGUUUGCUUUUCAGGUCCUGGGACCCAAGCCCACCCUGCCAGCAGGCACUACUGAUGACGGUGCAGCUGACGCAACCAACCGAAGGCUGGCUAAGCUGUACAAGGUAUAACAAGAUCCAGAUGGCCAGUGAGCCAGAGGGAGGGAGCCCUAUGAAACAGUGGAGAGAGACAGCGCUCAAAGCAGUAUUUGGGGGUGUGCUUUUUAUCUCCCAGGGAGAACAAAGAGCUGUUUCAACUUUGCCUGUCAGUGAUUGGCUUUGGCUAGAGUGCAUGGCGGGAACAGUGUCAACGCCAUGAAUGCCAACCCACCCGAUAAGCUGAACUUACAUUUUAUUUUAUUUUUUCGUUUUGCUUUUGCAAUAGAAACCUGUCCAAUGGAGUACUGUAUAACCAAAAAUAUUAAGAUAAGUGGAACCUGCAGCAAAAUGUUUCAGAAUAUCCUCAUCCCUUAACAGAAGUGUUGGGGGUGUGUGAGAGAGUUUAUACUGUGCCAUUUAGUUGUUUAGGGUUCCAGACAGCUGGACGUGCUUUCUUCCAGGAGACUAGAAGGCCACAUUUACACCGUACAUUUAAAGCACUAUCACUUUUAACAGCCAUUGCUCCCCACAAAGAAUCCUGGGAAAUGUGGUUUGUUCAGGGUGCUGAGAGCUAAAUGUACUUAAGCUUUGUUUUAAUCAGGGUUGGCUGACUGGGGUUAAGCCAACACAUUUGUGGAGGAGGAGAUUUGAGCCGUGAAAAGGAGAGAAGUGGCAGUAUUUGUGAGAGAGGACAGUGGAGAUGAAAUGUGGUAGCUGGCUAGAGGGCCUCUUCAGACUGCUUUUGGGUUUUUUUAGUGGGCGUAUGUAUUCUGCCGCAUGUCAUUAAUGCAAUAAUAGGUUUGUAUCAAACUGAAUUUCAAUCAGAGUAGACCCAUUUCAAUUAACGGGCCUAAGUUAGUCAUGCCCAUUAAUUAUGGCUGGUCUACUCUGAGUAGGACUAAUGCUGGACACACCCCAAGAAUAACAAUCUGUUCUGCUGUACUGUUACAGGUAUCCAACGGCGCAGGGAAUAUGGCAGUCUCUCUGGUGGCUGAUGAGAAUCCAUUCUCUCAAUCAGCCCUGAGCUCGGAUGAUUGCUUCAUUCUUGACCAUGGCACUGAUGGCAAAAUCUUUGUCUGGAAAGGUAAACGGAGAGAGAUAUACAAAAGUCAUAUGGCUGACACAGGCCAUGUUCACACUACACACUUAAAAGUGUUGUUAUAACACGUUAAACUGUUGUGGCUUCCCAAAGCGUGUUGGGAGCUGUAGGAGCUGUUAGGUGACCCCUAUUCACCUCAGAGAGCUACAAUUCCCAGAGUUGGUUUAAGAACCAACUCCUCUUCCCAGGAAUUGUAGCUCUCUGAGGAGAAUAGGUGUUGUCUAACAACUCUCAACAACCUUACCAAACUGCAGCUGCUUUGAAGGGAGACCAUGAAUGUUUAAAGUGCCAUCAUUGUGCUUUAAAUGUAUGGUCUCUGUGUGUGCUAGUGAAAUACAUGCAACUGUGGAAUCAGGGGUGGGUUCUCAAUUUCUAUGGAGAGUGUGCCUUAUUGUUUUGUUGUAGGGGUGUGAAUUUUCUAUAGGGGUUAAUAGGCAGCAUUAAAUACACAUAAACACACCCACUGUAGACAAAAGAAUGAGUGUACAACAGAUUUGGGGAACCUGUGGUCUUCCAGAUGUCAUUGAACUCCAGCUCCCAUCAGUCUCAGUAGGCAUGGCUGAUGGAGGUUGGAGUCAAACCUCUGGAGGGCCAAAAGUUCCUAAUUCCUGGUGUACCAAGAAGCACACCACCUGAUAAUAUUACUUUAUGCAUUUCUCUAACUUGAUGUUACACUGAGGGAUUGUGGAGGGUGCUGUUUGUUUAUUUGUUCAGGUUUAUUUUAAAAAAUUAUCCCACUUUUCUUUUUGAAGAAACUCAUACUAAAUGCCAUUUUUGGCAGCAAAUUUAAAUGUAUUGUCACAUCUAACUUGAGGGGAGAAAUUGGUGAGGGUGUGUGGAACAGCAUAAGGCCUUGCCACUAGACAAGAUUUGAAGGUAUAAUUAAAAGAUGGCAAAUAGUUAUUUCAUUUGUUGCUUAUAAAUUUUCCCACCAUGGUUUGUGUGCAUGCACACACAUAUUUUUUGCUGCAGGCCUCAAAAUGUCUUCAUGUAUUUAAAUUUUAUCUAUUAUUAUUAUUAUUAUUAUUAUUUAUUUUAUACCCCGCCCAUCUGGCUGGGUUUCCCCAGCCACUCUGGGUGACUUCCAACAAAAGAUUAAAAAUACAUUAAAACAUCAGUCGUUAAAACCUUCCCUAAACAGGGCUGCCUUCAGAUGUCUUCUAAACGUCAGACACUUGUUUAUUUCUUUGACAUCAGAAAUACAUUCUGCCUCAUAUGAUUGAUUUUUUUUUGCCUCAGAAAUAUGUUCUGUCUCACAUACUUGAAUUUGUGCCUGAAGCACAAAAUGUCCACAUGAAGGACUUCUAAAACCCUUCCCCUUUAAAAAUCACUCCAUCUGGUAGCAAAUUUUAUAUUCUCUUUUAAUAUAUCUAUCUUCACUCACUCCUGUUGCUAACUUGAAGGUAAAAAUGCCAAUGCUGAGGAAAGGAAGGCUGCCUUGAAAACCGCCGCAGAAUUCAUCACCAAGAUGGGUUAUCCCCGACACACACAGGUAAGGAUACAAGAAAAGUUAUCCAUAGACUUCCUUCUGUUAUAGCAGGGAUGAGGAACCUGUGGUCCUCCAGGUGUUGUUGGAUUUCAGCUCCCAUCAGCUCCAAUAGCCAGGGCCGGCUCACCCUUGAGGUGGGGUGAAGCAACUGCCUCAGGUAGCAGAAGCCCCUGAGUCGGCACUCCUACAGGCACACCAUUCACCACCAUCCCAGUCAGUGGUAGAGAAGUGGCACCAGCAGCAGUGCCGAUUUCCAGUGAUAUCUCACAAGAUCUUACUAAAAUCUCAUGAGAUCUCAAAGAGUGCGAGUCAUCUCACAGGAUUUUGACAAAAUCUCGUGAGAUUGUGAUGGAAAUCAGCAGUGGAAGUGGCACAGAGGCAGUGCUGUGGGGGGGGGGCACAACAGCAGUGCCAGCUGAAGAGGUGAUGGGGCACAUGAUGCAGCAGAGCAGGGUGGCACUUUCCAUUUUCCCCGUUUUCCAUUUUGUACCUCAAGUGACAAAAUGGGACACACCACCCCUGCCAAUAGUCAGCAUAGUCAGUGGGCAGAGAUUCUGGGAGUUGUAGUCCACUAGCAUCUGGAGGGCCACCAGUUCCCCACCCAAGUUAAGGAAUGAGGUUAGGAUUCAUGGAAGGUAAGUGGGAAAAAGAGAUGUUGCAGAAAACACACAAGGUUCAAUUCAAAGCAAGAUGUGGGAGGGCUGAAAUGGGAUGGUUGGUUCUCAAACCAGGCUUAAGGAAGGUUUGUUGAGUUUUGGUUGAUUUCUUCAGUUGACAAACCAUGAAUUGCGAUUGUCCAGUAAGCCAGAAUGUGAAACUAUGGUUUGAAUUUGACUUUCAAUGCUUUUAUACUAACCCUGGUUUGCGGUGAUGUUUACAUUGUCAUAGUUUGAUCACCACAUAGAUUGCUGGUAAGUAAAAGGAGUGAAGUUAAGAACCUAAGGGUUGAGAUGACAGAAUACAAAAGACAACUAACAAGGUUAAACCAUGGUUUGCUUUGGGUACAUCUGGAACCUCAAACGACGGUUUGCCAUGCUGUCUAAAUUGAGCCUAUGUGGCUCAAUAGCUAGAGAACUGCACUGAGGCCUAGUGUCAAGAAUAAAUUGUGCUGAUAAAGCUUUUUAAAAAGAGAACAAUAAAUAAAUACAAUUCUGUCCCAGUUUGGCUUCAGCUGAGACCAUUCCAUCUCAGGAUACUUUCUUUGUUUCAGAUCCAAGUCCUUCCAGACGGUGGCGAGACUCCCCUGUUCAAGCAAUUCUUCAAGAAUUGGCGUGACAGGGACCAGACAGAGGGCAUGGGUGUGGGCUACAUCAAUUCUCACGUGGCCAAGAUUGACAACAUUCCUUUCGAUGCUGCCACACUACACACCUCCCCAACAAUGGCAGCUCAGCAUGGCAUGGAAGAUGACGGCACUGGAAACAAACAGGUAAGUGGGGGAGAUGGUGGUUAUGCAAAAUCAUCACUCUAUUAGGCAAAAGGAUCUAUCCAGCAUUUGGCAGCUCAGGACUCUGAGCAAGAAAGAUAAAAGCUGAGUGUGUAUUGUACUGCAGUCAGUGAGUACAACAAGAGAGAGUAUUGUUAUGAUUUGGGGGGUCAGUGCGAAUGAUACCUUAGUUCCCUUCCAAAUCUGUGAUGUUGUGUAUGUGGGGUAGAAUACAUAAGUUAAUGGCUUUGGCUGGCCAGUUAAGUGCUGUGAAGUCUUGAAGAGGAUGCCAUAGAGAUAAAUGGGUUGGCCUUUUCCCGCCUCACCUGGCUGGAGGCCAUGGUCAUCCUAGGAGGAAGAAGAAACUGACCAAGGAAGGCUGUCUAAGUGACGAGUUGUGUGAGUGAGUUUUGGCUAAUGUUGGAAGUGGAGACAGAGAGCAAUGUUUUGCUCUGUGCUGAACCUAAGCUGUUGACUGGGGGCUUCGCUGGAAACCUAAGAGGGAAUUGAGACCGGUUGGGGUGUUAAUUCUGUGGGCCCCUCCAUCCUGUGCUCAGGUUGUGUAUAUGUGUAAAUAAAGCCACCUCUCCUAAAGAUGUCUCCAUUGGCCUCUCCUGUGGCUGAUCUCCACCCACUGCAAUUCCUAGACAUGCUGUCUUCAGUGGUAGCUUGAGUCCUUUGGGACUGGGAGGACAGAAGGCAGGGAGCCCCACAGUAGGUGGCGCCAGAGCCAGUGAUAGGCAGAGUCUCCUCAUUUGAACAUUGCCUGCAUCAUCCUCCCUGCUGAGUUCUACAAGGGCAGCACUGGAACUAAGGACAAGGAAGCAGGCAGCAGGGCCAUCCCCUGGACUAGUAAGUUGAAAGCCAGGCAGGUGGAGGCUAGCUGAGAGCAGACUGUGGCUGGUGGGGCACUGCCCCAUUUGCCCUAAUGGAUCAGCCUUGAUCCUGGAGGCAGAUCACUGCCAUUUCUGAUAAGUAGCCAUCAAUAGCCUUUUUUCUCCCUUAAUCUGUCUCAUCUCCUUUUAAAGCCAUGAGUUUGCCAUUUGAACCAUCCAUCAAAGUUGGCAACUUUCAAAGCAUUCUAAGUCAUAGCCACAGCAUACAUUAAAAGCGCAUGGCUUCCCUUAAAGAAUCCCAGAAACCAUAAUUAGUAUCUCUGUGAGGAGUAAACUACAGUUCCCAAGAUUAUUUUGGGAUGGGGGAAGCCAUGACUGUUGAAAUUGCUAUGAAUGCACUUCAAAUGUGUGGUGCAAAUAUACCUGUCCAUACACCUGUCUCUCGCUUUCCCUACUCCUUUCACUUACAUAAUUUGUAUGUCUUUGUUUAUUAUUUCAAGAAGCUGGAACUCAUUUCACCAAUGGUCUCCUGUUUGCCAUUUAUCUGAUUUGGAUGUCAUUUCUCUUCUCCCCGCCCCCCUUCAGAUCUGGAGAAUAGAAGGUUCUGCCAAAGUCCCAGUGAGUCCCUCAAAUUACGGACAAUUCUAUGGUGGGGACAGCUAUAUCAUCCUGUAUGAUUACACACAUGGUGGAAAACAAGGCAAAAUCAUCUACACUUGGUAUGAUAACUUUUUUUCUUAGUAUUUUUUAAAAAAUUUAAGACAACUUUUGCCCUCCAGAUGUUGCUGAACUACAACUCCCAUCAGCCACAGCAAACAUGGCUGAUGUCCAAGGUUGAUGGGAGUUAUAGCUCAGUAACAUCUGGAGGACCAAAGCUUCCCCACACCUGAUUUAAGGUUUUCUAACUCAUAACAAUACGGGACGUGGGUGGCACUGUGGGUUAAACCACAGAGCCUAGGACUUGCCGAUCAGAAGGUCAGCAGUUCGAAUCCCCGCGAUGGGAUGAGCUCCUGUUGCUCAGUCCCUGCUCCUGCCAACCUAGCAGUUCGAAAGCACGUCGAGUGCAAGUAGAUAAAUAGGUACCGCUCCGGCGGGAAGGUAAGUGGCGUUUCCGUGCGCUGCUCUGGUUUGCCAGAAGCGGCUUAGUCAUGCUGGCCACAUGACCCAGAAGCUGUAUGCCGGCUCCCUUAGCCGAUAAAGCAAGAUGAGUGCUGCAACCCCAGGGUCGGCCACGACUGGACCUAAUGGUCAGGGUUCCCUUUACCUUUACCUAACUCAUAACAACGUAAGAAGAGCCUGCAGGAUCAAGUCAAAGCCCAUCUGGUCCAGCAUCCUGUUCUCACAAAUGGCCAACCAGGUGCCCCAGCAGGAAACCUGCAAGCAGGACCUGAGCACAAGAGUCCUCUCUCCUUCUUCAGCUUCCAGAAACCAGUAUUCAGAAGCACAUAACCUCUGCCCAUGGAGGCACAAAAUAACCAUCAUGGCUAGUAGCCAUUGAUAGACUUAUCCCACAUCAUUUUUAAAAGCCAUCCAAGUUGAUAGCCAUCACUGUGGGAACAAGUUCCACAGCUGAACUUGCAUUGUGCAGAGAACUACUUUCUUUUAUACUUCCUGAAACUUCCAACAUUAAGCUUCAUUGGAUGUUCACAAGUUUCUGGUGUUUUGAGAGAGGGAGAAAAACUUUAUUUUAUAUAACGUCUAUUGUGUUACUGCUUACUCCCCUUACUCUCUAAACUAAAAAGCUCCAAACUGGUUUCCAACAAAUAUUUCCAAAGCAGUGUAAAAGAGGAAUAUUAAAAAAAAACCCUACAUAUAUAGCAAAAACAAAUAAAUGUAUACAUAACCUUAACAAAAAGUUAUUGAAAGCAUCAAAUUACACAAAUAGUGUUUAUAAUAUAAAAUGACCAAGUCGCUUUAAGAAAAAGCCAUUUUUAAACAGUAAGUUUUUAAUCAUCAACUAAAAGCAAAAAUGCUAGGUGGUUGUCCAUUCGAUUCGGAGCUGGUUCUAUAGAUCCAGAGCCAUAGUGCUAAAGGCCCGAUUUCUAGAUCCACAUCCACACCAUAAAUAUAGAGUUCUAUCACUUGAAUAGCCAUGACUUUCCCCAAAGAGUCCUGAGAACUGCUGUUCUUUAAGGGUACUGAGAGUGGUUAGAAGACCUCUAUUCCCUUCACAGAGCUACAAGAGCUGCAUGCAAUCCCCAAAGGAUUACCCCUUGAGAGGAAAAAGGUUCCCCAAUUAUGCUGUGUACACUCAUAUUUUUGCCCUUUGUUUUUUCAGGCAGGGCGCUGAUUCCACCCAAGAUGAAGUCGCAACCUCUGCUUUCCUUACUGUCCAACUGGAUGAGGAGCUGGGAGGCACAGCAGUGCAGGUAUUGCCAUCUGGGCCAGUCCAUGUGGCUUAACUACAGAUGGGUUCAGUUAGAUUGAACUGAAAUAAGGGGACAAGAAACGAAACAGAUCUGUUAAUGCCAGAGCUUGUAGCAUACUACGAGAGAUGAUGAGUAUGUACCUGUGAUCAUUGAGGUUUUAAGACUACAGAACUACUUUUAAGACUGCUUUCAUGCAGUGCAAAGUAUAACAUAUGUGAAAAAAUCCAGACCUUUUAAUUAGAGCAAAUGAGAGUGCUAACAAUAUAAGAUGAAAGGUUGCCAUACGUCUGGAAUUUCCUGGACAUACCUGGAAUAUCACAGAUGGAAGCAGUGUCCAGGCAAAAAUCAGCCAAAUGUCUGGGAAAAUCCAGACGUAUGGCAACCCAUGUUGGCGGUGUCAUUUUUGCCGAUUUUUCUUAAAAGUAGCUAAAAGCUCAAGGUUUUGUGUCUGAUUUUUCACUUUGUGAAAUAUGGCAACCUAUAAGACGAAACCUGAAUGUUGAGCAGAUAUUUCAAUAAAAAUUGUCUGCCCAGAUCAGGAAAAUGGACAAUAAUUAAAUUAUAUGGGGAAAGUGUUUAGAGAGAUCACAAGAAACAGAAAAGAGAUGGGGGUCCUCUAGACCAGUGGUUUUUUGUAGGUGUAUUAUGCAAUAUAUAAUUGACACAAAGAAAGUGGAUAAGUGGUGGAUUUAUACUGGUUCCACUUUUUCAGUUAUUUUGCAAUGCUUCCCCAUUAUCAUCUGGAGGGGCACUGUUGUGCAACAAAAGGAGGAGAAAAAAUAAACCAGAAUAUUUGUGGUAUAAAAAGUUACAAGAUUCCCGCAUAAAGUUAUAGGGCACACACUGAUUAAAUUAAUCAGUAUGUCUGCCCCGAAAGCUUCACAGGUACAAAUAGUACUGAAAGUGGAGUCACGUCUAACUCCCCAGAUACCAUCGCAAGCACAAAUAAACAUGAAUGCAGAAUCAGGAGAAUGUCUGGAGGGCCCUUAAUGUCCAGUUAGCUGGCUGUUUGGUUAAAUGGCAGAUGAUUUGCUAGCUUUUAACUCCUCCUGCUGAUUCACCGCCCUCAAUAGUUUUGUAUGCUCCGUGGAUCCUCUGGUCUGUUUCCAUGGUAGCUGCACAUCGCAGGCAUUCUGAUGGUAGGUUGAUGCAUGACAGAGCUUGAGCCCUCAGGUGUUUUCUUCCUCUGUGGAGUGACCAUGGCCUCUUUUGUGAUAGAAACGAGUGGUCCAGGGCAAAGAACCGCCUCAUCUCAUGAGCUUGUUCGGUGGGAAACCUCUGAUUGUGUACCAAGGUGGCACCUCCAGAGAGGGAGGUCAGACAAGUCCUGCGUCCACAAGGCUCUUCCAAGUCCGGUCUAGCACAUCUGGCACUACCAGAGCUGUGGAGGUAAGUGACCUGUUGAUACCUGUUGAUCAUGGACAGGCUUCAUAGCAAGGCCUUACUUUUGGGGCCUUCUCAUAGUCAGUUGUUCUUUUUUCACCAGCUGCUUUCUUAACUAGUGUUGCUGUCAAAUUCUAUCUAAAUAAAAUUUGGGGUUCCAUUGAUGUGGAAUCCUAUUCCAAAGCAGGCAGCCACCUAAAUCCAACCUGCUGUUCUUGGAACAGGUGUGUGUUCAGCCCAGGAAAACUGGUUUACACUAUUUGCAAUCUGAGCAAAAUAAGCAUGCACAAGAGCUGUUGCUCACAAAAGACUACAAAACCAUUGCACAGUGUGAGUUCUGUGCAAGUAUGUGUGUGCAAUAAAAAAAAAUAUUGUGAAGAAUAUACGUGGUUUUUAAUUGGAGCGAAUGGCGGUGUUGACAAGAUGGAGUUUGAAAAAUGAGCGGGCAGCCUUGGGUUUCUGCUGGAAAAAUGAACCACAGUGACUUCCAUUUUUGGGAUACGUGACACACCAUGCCCAAAUGUUCAGCUUUAAUUUCUCAAAGCUAAGUCUGUUUUAGGAAGAGCAUUUGGGCAUUGUAUUGCCUAUGGCUAAAUUAUUCCAAUGGAAUUUUGUGACUGCCUUCACUUACGUUCUGGAAUACAGUCAUACCUCGGGUUAAAUAUGCUUCAGGUUGAGAGCUUUUGGGUUGCACUCUGCGGCAACCUGGAAGUAACGAAGCGCGUUUCACUGCUCGUGCACGUGCAGACGGUCAAAAUGAUGUCAUGCGCGGAAGCGGCGAAUCGUGACCCACAGACACGGGUUGCAUUCGCUUCAGGAUGCGAACGGGGAUCCGGAACAGAUCCCGUUUGUAUGCAGAGGUACCACUGUAAUUCCACUCUCACAUCCCAAGCCUCCUGUCACUCCUAAUGCCUGGUUGCCCAAUGUUCCUCAGGGAGUCAGUGUUCUGUUUUUCCAAAUGGCCUCUGCCUUGUUGAAAAGGCAAGUCGAAUUGGCACCUCUAAGUUCUGUAAUGUUGGGGAAGCCACUGGGUGGCUAAAAAGUGUCUGUGCUGGCAGCCCUGAUGGCAGGCUUACAUUUGUCCCUUCACAGGUGGAUGCGGCUGCUAAGGAGCUCAAUUCCAACGAUGCCUUUGUGUUGAAAACCCCUUCUGCUGCUUACCUGUGGGUUGGCAAAGGAGCCAGCGAGGCCGAGAAGUCUGGGGCCACAGAGCUACUGAAGGUCUUGGGAGCACGUGCAACCGAGGUUGCUGAAGGCGGAGAACCAGGUUUGAAGUGUGGACCAUCCACACAUCAGAAUGCUUUAUUAGUUGUUCUGUGAUGCUUUCCCUAAUGUCAUAGCUGCCAACUUUUCCCUUUUUUUAAGGGAAAUUCCCUUAUUCCGAAUAGGAUUCCUCGCAAGAAAAGGGAGAAAUUGACAGCUAUGCCUAAUGUUACAGCAUUAUUGCUCUUUGGAGGGCCAUUCUUGUGCUACAAUGCAACAAAAAUGCAGCCAAAAACUACCUGGGAAUACUUGUGGUAGGAAAAUAUAAAUCAGGAUUUCUGCAGGAGUUUAUGGGUGUGCAUCAACUGGCAACAAAGCAGCACGUUCACCCCUAAAGUCUUGCAGGUGUAAACAGUCCUGAAAACAGGAUUGUGUAUCGCUGUCCUAGUACCAUCACCCCACAUGGACAUUGGGGUGUUUUUAAUUUUUUUUACUGAUAAAUUUAAUUGUUUUUAUUAUCUAUAUAUAUUUAAAAAAUAUGCAACCUGCUUAAGGGGUUUUGCUGCAAUCGAAUGAUAUAUACAUUUUGUUAAAUAAAAAUAGAUAAGACCAUGAACAUCAAUCAUCAUGAAAGAAGAAUAAAAAAGACAUGGGGACAGGCCAUAGUUCCGAUUAAAGGCACUGGGGUUUGCAUGGUUAGUUUCAGGUCCUAAAUCUAUCACUGCGCUGUCUCAAAGCCAGAGGCAGCCACUUUCUUCCUGAUGAUGAUGGCAAACCUGUAUAUUUGGUUCCUUUCCUGUCUUGCAGCUGGUUUCUGGGAAGCACUUGGUGGAAGAGCUGCCUAUCGCACCUCCCCACGGCUAAAGGACAAGAAGAUGGACGUUCACCCACCUAGACUGUUUGCCUGCACCAACAAGAGUGGGCGCUUUACUGUGAGUACCUCAUGCAUUCAGGGCAUUGCUGAGAACUUAGACCACCUUCAGGCUGUCAGUAUUUUUCAGGAGAGAUGCAGGCACAUACCAAGACAUUUUGGUUUGUGCAAUUACAGUGGAUUAAAAUGCACUGGUUUGUAGCCAGCUAAACUUAUUGGAACUAAUGGACCGAAGUUAUUCAUGUUCAUUAAUUUUAAUGAGUCUGUUCUUAGUAGGACUAACAUCGGAUGAACCCCUUGUCACCCUAGCACAACAAAUCCACUUAAAAAAACCCCAAGACUGUUUCUGGUUAGGAAAGAAAUCGGAAAAUGCACAGAAAAGUGUGGGAUGAAUGUCUACACACCACACACACAAAUAUGGACAAAUGCUUAUUGUUGCGUAUCUUCCCCACACAUAAAUCUCAGCAAACACUUAAUGAAGACUAGAUGUAGUCUAACCUCCGCACAAGCUUUGUGCAAGGAAAUCAGGAUGAGUGUUCAAUGAACUGGUUGCACAUAUAGUCUAAUAUUGUACUGCAUUGAGGAAUUAAAACCAAAGGAAGGUUUUGGAGGACAGUGGCAAUGACUAGUACAGUGUCAAGGGCUGCUGAAGUCUCUGAAGGUGUGCUUAAGCCAGCGAGUGAGAACCUGUGGCCCUCCAGCUGGUAGUCAACUACAAGUUCCAUCAUCCUGGACAAUUGACCAUGUGGUCUGGGGCUGAUGGGAGCUGUAUUCUAACCAUGCCUGUAGGCCCUCACCUUCCCCAUCCUUAGCUUAAAAUAACCCAGUCUCAUACCUGCUUGGCAGACAGGUGUGUGGCACCUUGUUGUGUUUGCUCAGUGAUGAGGGAAAGUUACUCUGCACAUGUCCCCUUUCCUAGGAGCCAAUCCGCAGUCUCCUUUGCGAUGACUAAGGCCAAUCAGGGUGAAAGGAGGUGGGUCAGCCUCUGAGGAUUGGCUCCCUAAGGUCACUCUGAAGUAGGCUCCUGGGAAGAACACUGUGCAGGACAAAUCUAAGCAUUUAGGAACACCAGCAGCACAAGGUGCUUCAGUUUCAAGAGAAUGGUGUUCAGGUUCUGUUACGUACAAUGGAGCUUCAGGGAUAGCGCAAGCCUCUUUGUGCAAGCUUCGGUUGUUUGUCCCCUUUAACAUAUCACCCUCUUAAAUAUUUGGUUUAGAUUGAAGAAGUACCUGGAGAGCUGACCCAAGAGGAUUUGGCCACAGAUGAUGUGAUGCUCUUGGACACCUGGGACCAGGUAUGUCACUAUCUCUUUGCUAGCAAUCAGUUCUUAUUGUGCUCCAUAUCAAGGAGACCAGUGUGGAACAAGGGAAAUUCAAAAUAGAGUCACAUUCAGUGAUGCACCAUGAGAGCCAGUGUGGUGUAGUGGUUAAAGGUAAAGGGACCCCUGACCAUUAGGUCCAGUCAUGGCCGACUCUGGGGUUGCGGCGAUCAUCUCGCUUUAUUGGCCAAGAGAGCCAAUAAAUACAGCUUCCGGGUCAUGUGGCCAGCAUGACUAAGCUGCUUCUGGUGAACCAGAGCAGCGUACGGAAAUGCCGUUUACCUUCCCACCAGAGUGGUACCUAUUUAUCUACUUGCACUUUGACGUGCUUUCGAACUGCUAGGUUGGCAGGAGCAGGGACUGAGCAACGGGAGCUCACUCCGUCGCGGGGAUUCGAAACGCCAACCUUCUUAUCAGCAAGUCCCAGGCUCUGUGGUUUAACCCACAGCGCCACCCACGCCCUUCUGGUGUAGUGGUUAGAGUGUUUGAAUAGGAUCUGGGAGAUCAAGAUUCAAAUCCCUACUCAGCCAGAAAGGCCACUGGGUAACCUUGAGUUGGGCACAGCCCCUCAGCCUAACCGACCUCACAAGAUUGUUGUAAGGAUAAAAGGAAGAAGGGCAGAAGUAUAUGCGUCGCCUUAAGCUCUUUGGAUAAGACGAUGGGAUAUAAAUUCAAUAAUAAGGAUGGGAGGGAGAAAAUUGAUUCAGGUCACACUUGAAGGCAAACCUAGUUCACACUUUCUGAAACAAAACGCAAACUGAAACAUAGCCAUCCUUCGAAAGAGACAUCACUUUGAAUUUUGCAGCGCAGGUUUCCAGCCAAGUUAUGUGUACAAAAAUGUAUAUACUGGGGUGAAGUGUGCCUAAAAACUAAUGAAAAUAGCAUACAAUAUUGGGGGGAACUACCUUGCAAAGAUAUGUAUAUUAGACAAAAUUACAUUAAAAGCAAACGUAUAUAUUAGGGUAAACUUGCACUAAAAUGCUGAUGAGCUAUCAUGAGGACUUUAAAAAUGCAGAGAGCAGAACAAGACAGGAAAAAUGAGACCCCCAAACAGACUCAACCAUCCUUAGUUAUGAAAUAAGCUUCUUUAUACCAGCUGGUGGGAAUCACAAGUGGGGAUACGACUGUUUUUAUCAGUCAGGUUCAUAGGCGUAGCCAGGAUUUUUGUUGAGGGGGCAGGACUUUUUUUAGGGAGGGCUGUGAUGCGAUUGGUGAGUUAGUAAAGUAUUUUUAUUUAUUUACUUGUUCUGGGGGGCAGCUUCCUGCACCCCUCUGGCUACACCCGUGGUCGGGUCCUGCUUGCACCCAUGGUCGGGUCUGAUUGGUCACACUGUGACAGUGCACAUACGGAUGUUAACAUUUCUCAUUACCUUUUUUAAAAAGGUCUUUGUUUGGGUUGGAAAAGAUGCAAACGAGGUGGAGAAGACAGAGGCUCAAACAUCAGGUAGGAUGGGCAUACACCUCUCAUUUCUGGAUUCAUUUCUCACUGACCAAUCAGGCCAUACACAUCAGCACGUACUAAAGCCACACUGAAAUAAGUGCAUGCAGAAUGCAUUACUGAAGGGAGGGGGAAGGGUUAACCUCACCCUGUAUUAGGGCCCCAGCUAACGGUUGCUCCAGUUAUGGCUACAUAGUUGCUUCAGCUAUGUGGGCCAGCAGCGGCCUCCUGCUCGGCUUCCUGCUUCAGUUAUGCUAGGUAUGUAAACAUACAAAAGGGAGGGAGGGGAGCUUAGCUAGCCUUAUAAGGUAACAAAUUGUAACUCUGCCAGCUGAUUGGGGAAACAAGCGUGUGCAGCCGGGUAUAAGAAUGCUUGCCGAACACAAUAUAGGGGCCGCCAGUCUUUGGAAGCUAUUCCGCUGGCUGCCUCUGCGCAGACUUGAAAUAAACUUUUUCUCUGUGAAACCACACCCUGGUGUUCCUUGACUCCUUCACACUCCAGGCAAGGGUACGAGGCGGAUGGACCCAGACCCAUAGGUAAAGAAGGCUACAUUUCCAUAAGGUCUAAUUCUAAAGAAUUCCAUAACAGUGGCCACAUUCACACCAUACAUGUAAAGCACUCCGAUACCACUUUAAACAGUUAUAAGCUUCACCCAAAGAAUUAUGGGAGCCCCAUCGCCAUUGGCCAUGCUUGCUGGGGCUGAUGGGAGUUGUAGUUCAGUAACAUCUAGAAGGCCCUACAGCCAUCAGAAAAUGACCCUCAGUCCAUCAUCUGGAGACCUCUUUGUUGUAGCCUCUCAAAAUUAUUAUUCCAUUUAUUAGUCACAUUUUUGCACUCAAGUGCCUCAAAGCAACAUACACAGGGAAAAAUAAAGCAGAGACAUUAGAAUUAGACACAAACAGCGAAAUGAAACAAGCCCCACCCACCACACUUAAAGCAUGGUCAUAACAAAGACCACAGACACAUCUAACUACCCUCACAAUUAAAAAAAAAAAGAGUUGUAUACAACUUACGUUCUAUUCAGAGUACACCCACUGAAAUCAAUGGAUCCAAGCUAGCCAUGUUAAUUAUCUACAGUGGUGUGUGUUGAAAUAGCACUAGCAUUAUAUGCAGGCUCAGAAGCCUGGAUAAAUAAGAAUGUUUUAGCUUGGCACCUAAGAACAGACAGCAAUGGCACCAGGCAUGCUUCCUAGGGAGCCACCACUGAAAAGUCUUUCUUGUGUCAUUACCCUCUGCACCACCCUCAGAUAUAGAAAUGGAUUCACAGGGUCCCUCCCCAUGUCCUCAUAGUCGCCAAUAAAAGCUCAUUGAUUCCUCUUAGGGGAUUGCCCCCUUAGGAUCUCAGCAAGAGGCUCAUUUUCUCUUGUGUUCUCUUCUUUUUCGUCUUCACUUGCAUCUUUACAGCCAGGAGAUAUAUUGAGACCGACCCUGCCAAUCGUGACAGAAGAACUCCCAUCACACUCAUCAGACAAGGGUUCGAACCACCCACCUUCACUGGCUGGUUCCUUGGCUGGGAAGAUGAUUACUGGAGCACUGAUCCUCUGGAUAGAGCCAUGGCCGAGCUGGCUGUGUAAAAGGAACAGCUUUUCUUUUUUAAAUACAUAUAUAAAAGUUUGGUGCCUUCACUGCCUCUAAAGAGCUACUCCUUUCCUCUACCACCAGCUGCAGAAUUAUGUCACUCUUUUUUAAAAAUAAUAAUAAUAAUAAAUAGCCUAAGUAGCUGUGCAGUACCUGAAUCUCACCAUGAACUGUACUGGCUUUUCUGCUGCUUUGAAAAUGGUCUUUAAUAAAGCUUAUGUGGAAACUCAGAAGGUUUGUUGGUUUCAGAUAAAACUUAUUGAGAGACGCUGGGGUCUAUGUCUUCCAGGAAUCAUCCUAAGAACAUAUGUAGAGUCUGGCUGGAUCGAGCCAGAAGUCCUGUUCUCACUGUGGUCAACCAGAUUCCCCCUGGGGGAAUCUGUGUAGGUGGUCAUCACUACUGCUUGUGGUAGAGUGUUAUAAGCCUCUUGCCAAAUUCCUCACCAACACAGGCAGGGUCGCAGGUGCUGCACAGUCCAAACAGACAGUCUUGGUCUAAAGGUUAUCCAGAAACAACAUCAGGAAGCAGUCCAAGGUCAAUAUCACAUGGGGUUCUUCUAGCAACCACAUGGACCACAUUCACACUGUGUAUUUUAAGCACUACGAUACCACUUUAAAUAGUUAUGGCUUCCCUCAAAGAAUUGUGGGAGCUGUAGCUUCUCAAGAGUGCUGAGAGUUAUUAGGAGACCCAGUAUUCCCCUCACAGAGCUUCAACUUCCAAAGUUCCCUGUGAAGAGGGAUUGCUUGCUAAACCACUCUGAAUUAUAGCUGUCUGAGGGUGAAUAGGGGUCUUCUAGCAACUAUCAGCACCCUCAUCAAACUUGCAGAUGACACCAACUGGGAGGGGUAGCGAAUGUCGCUAAAGACAGAAUCAGAAUUCAACAGAUUGGAGAGGUUCUACAUAUAGGCAGGAAGAACCAGAUGCACAAAUAUAAAAUAGGGGACAUCUUGCUUGCCAGUAGUACAUGUGAAAAGGGGUCUUAGUAGACCACAAACUUAACAUGGGUCAACAGUAUGAUGCAGCAACCAAAAAAAAAAAAAAAAAAAAGCUAUUCUAGGCUGCAUCAAGAGAACUAUGGUGUCCAGAUCAAGGAAUGUAAUAGUCCUUCUCUAUUCUGCCAUCGUCAGACCACACUGAGAGUACCAUGUCCAGUUCUGGGCACCAACAUUUAAGAAGGAUGUUGACAAGUUGUAACGUGUGCAAGUUGUCAAGUUGUAACGUCUAACUCUAGUUAGAUCAGCAGGGCACCAGUUCCAAAGUGUGAGCAGCUACUGUCUGUAGAGCUACAUCAGUGACAUUGGAAGAAGCAAUGAAGUCAUUACUUGGUAUUCUCAAAUUACAGAAGAAAAAUGAAUGCAACUAACAUUUUGCUUGAAACAUGAGAAGAAGUUCCACAUGUCCACAACUGAAGAACUUGAAGAUGUCGUCAGAGAUAUUUGAUGAGGGAGAAAACCUCUCCAAAUGCCUCAUUCCCUGAACACCGAAAACUGAUACUUUAGUAUUGUUGUUUUUCCAGUGCUCAUAACUUUAUUUCAGUGGCAUGUAUGUCUACGCUUGAACCAAGCCAAAUCAUUAUGAACGCUCAGUAAACAUCAUGUUCAGUGGUAGAGCAACAGCUUUGCAUGCAGAAGGUGCUGGGUUCAGCAGUAAAUGGUCUGAUACUGUAAAAAGCAGCUUCCCUCAUUCCUUUGCUCCUAUUUAAUUCAUCCUAUUCUUCAGAACCACAGAAUCGUUAUGUUGAGGGGGAGGACAUAACUUGGUGGCAGAGCACAUGAUUUGUAUGCUAAAGGUCUCAGAUUCAAUUCACAGCAUCCCCAAGUAGGGCUAGGAGAAAGCCCUCUCUGAAACCCUUGGGAGUCUUUGCCAGUCAGUGCAGACUGUACAGAGCUACAUGGAUCGAUGGUCUCACUCAGCAUAAGGCUGUUUCCUAUGUUCCUAAGUAUCGCUAUGUUGGAGAUGAGAGAAAGGGUGUAAGGAUGGCAGAUUGAGAAUAUACUGUCCAUCAUAUUUCUACUUUUAUUCAUAUUUUGGGAUGAGGGGCAAUGAAACAACAAAAUGUAAAACUUUAAAAAUAGGCAAAUAAAUAAAAUCACUUCAUGCACUU